AUGCACAUCAACCCGAGCCGGGGCCGCUGGUACAUCGUCUUCCGCUCAGCGUGGACCGUAGAGCGAUAUUGCAGUUUGAUCUGGACGAAAACGUAUAGGACACAUUUCCGUGACUCAAGUACUAAAAUGUCUGACUUAAGCGUCCUAUAACUAGCUGACUCAACUUGGUAUCCUUAUUCUUGCCACCAUGGGGCUGGGGAGUGAAAUAUUGAGAGCUAACAAGCAAACGCGAUCGUUUGAAUUCCCUCGUCUCUGUUGGGGACAAGUUUCGACUAACUGAGGGGCAAGAGUAUCCUGCUGUCGACAUUCCCGUCGAAGAGACUUAUAUAGGGUAGUGCGAAGUUUUAGCGGCCUGGCUAGAUCACGGCAUCCAAGUAAACACGGAUAAAACCGAAGUGUCCGUGUGGAAUCCUCUGGCUCUGCGAAUAGUUUUUUUGAGAGUUAGAUAUUCCUGUAAAUAUCUGGGACGCCUGCUGUCGAAACUCAGAAUAAGGGUGAUUUUCUAGUUUCUGCAAAUCUCUUAAAUCAGUAAUAUGGCUACUAAGCACUUUAGGCAAUUUAAUUGAUUUUAUUGCCUUUACGUGAAUUGCUAGAUAUCAGAUUGUCUUUUGCUGACCUCGGGUUCUUUCUACUUACCAGAUGUCGUAUGCAUUCGCUGAAAGGCUCCAUAUUUAUAUUCUAAACGUGGACAGGUGCAAACUUUCUGUUUUCACACACGACCCUAUGUGUUGUUAAUUUUGUCAAACAACUGGUCAUUUUAUUAUACUCUGUUUGUUUUAGUGAAUGCCACAACGCAACGGAUCGGAUAAAAAUCCGUGUUUGGUACGUUUUUGCAUGUUUUUAACCGGAUCUUUCACGCACGCAUUGACGUCAGACGUUUCAGCUCCAGGCGUGAGACGUGAAACGUAGCGUUUCAUUCUCAUUAUGUAAACGGUUUUUAAAGUAACUCGAAGAUAGUGAUCAUUGUCUGUUCCUGAUUGAAUUACGCAAUAAGCGAAGGUUCAGUUGUAGAUGGAAACUCUGACCUAAAACCCCGACAGCAAAGAAAUUUCUGCAAAGGAAGAGCCAAUAUUCCCAGCUGAUUGCUGUUCACAAUGUGUUUCUUGAAGGCAUUUCGGUGGCUAAACUGCGUAAUCCUAUCUGCUGUUAUAACCCUCCACCCAACCAAUUAACCGUCCAGUUGUCCAGCUAAGCAAAUCUUACGCUUCCUGUGCGAACAUGGGUUCACUCCUGGGACGAAAGACUUUAUGGGUAUUAUAGUUAAAGUGCCCUAACUCAUUGCUCAUGCGGGAUUGAGGCAAAACACGACACUAUCUGUAGCCUUUCCGAAUGGCAGUGGAGCUGGAAAAAGAAAUGGGAAGAAGACCAGGAAAGCUCUCGCUAAACUGUUGGUGGCUCUUGCCACAGAAGAAAAGUACCAGUGUUCAUGUGCUUAACCGAUGGAAUCGUCCAUGUUCUCCUUUUAUUUCUUUUUUGUCAACCUCUCUGUUUUGGUGACCAACUGCCCUGCUUAAGCCACUUGUCCAGUUUUCACUUUUUUCGCAUCACUUCACAUUUUAGGGAUGAAGAUAAUGAUCUGCGCUCAAAGCUGCGCUCAAAGCUUACGUCAGAAUCCGACGACUUCCUGGGCCAAACGAUAAUUGAUGUCCGGACGCUCUCCGGCGAAAUGGAUGUUUGGUAUAAUUUAGGUGCGUUCGCAGAUGAUCUGAAAAUUUAUGUUGUCUGGACGUUGUAAAAACCCAUGUUAUAUGGAUUACCCUAUUUGCAUGCCAAUAUUUAACAACCGUUCUGCCCAGAAUGCGAGAUUUGAGCACAAACAUCGUUUGCGAAUUAAAAGUAGGAUUCCAGUCAAAUGCUCAGUUCUCAUAAGAACCGUAUUUAAAAAGGGGUCACUGGUUAAGGAGCUGACUUUCAAUCAGAAAUAGUCUUCAACUGCUUAGCUUUACAGAAAUUGUAACACCAAUUUUGAAUAAAUAACUAGGAACAAGCGUUUUUAAUCUCAGAUCAAAAGUUUAUAUUUAUAUUUUAGCUGAAAUCCAUUAUCUUUAGCGGGAUAACUGCAUAAAAUUCACGAACUGUGAACAGGUAGAAAGCAGCAUUCUCAUACUACAUGGUUCAGCUAGGUGUAGAAAUGAUGCUACGAUACUUGAAUUAACAUACAGUGGGUAACCGAUCUUAUGAAAUGUAUGCUAACAUUCUGAAACGGGUUUCCGAUUAGAAAGGAUUAUUUAAGUGGGGCUUUAAUACUGAGUAUCAUGAGGCAUAAUCCUAUAACAGUUCUGACUCGGCAGGAUGUCGGCCUUAGAAUGCACUUCUUUUUUAUCUCCUGUAGAAACAAUACUCGGUAAAAAAUGCCUACCUAACUAGCAUGCAUUUUUCACACCGAUUUUCGGUGGUCUUAUAAAUUCGAAUAUAUUUUGUAAAAAAAAACAUUAACGAAAAUAUGUUUGCUUUCACUCGUUUGACAGAGAAUCACGCCAUCUUUGCAUUUUGUAAAAUAUAAACAGAGUAUAAUGAGUUUUAAGGAAAGUUUUCUAAUUCCCGAAUUAAUUGGAGCCUGAUUAGCCGUUGCAUGAACACCUAAUGAUUUCAGUCUACAAGGUGCAUGCGUUCCGCGUUAGAAAAAUAAUAUAUUCUUCAAUGCCUCUAAAAAGACGCCAUAUUGAGUCCAUAAAUGUUGCAAUGGAUGCGGACUAUAUUUUACAUUUCAUGAGUAGAACUGGUAAAAGGACAAAUAUGAUGCUGUAUGAAUGGACAUUGUAUGCUCUAAUUAACUCUCAUAAUUGAAAACUUUUUUAAAACCUAAUUAUACGCUUUUCUUGAGCACAAAAUUAUAAAAAAGACGUGACUCUCUAUUAAACGAAUAAAAGAAGGAAUAGUUUUUUUCAUUCUUUUUAUAAAAUAUAUUUUAAUUCAUAAUAACAUCGAAAAUCAGUAUGAAAAUGCAUGCUACGUAAGUAGUCAUUUUUUUACCAAAGACGGUUUCUACAGGAGAUUGAAAAGAAGUGCAUUCAAAAGCCGACAUCCUGCCGAGUCCGAAAUAUUAUACGAUUAUGCCGCAUGUUAAUCAGUACUACAACCCCACCUAAGUAGUCCUUCCUAAUCGGAAGACCAUUCAGAAUGUUAGCAUACAUUUCAGGAGAUCGGUUAUUCACAAUAUCCUAUGCAGCUGUGAUGUGACAACAUCAUGGUUACUGAUUAUUUAACUGAGCAUUUUUGAUGAUUUUACUUAGUUGGAAGGCGGAGACUUAUUUACCUGCUACCAGGGUUACGUUAGGCUAACUACAAGAUUUAGUUGUUUUCCAUUUUUUGGAUUCCUAUUUGCUAUUAUUUUACUCAAAGUAGCGCCGACUGCCGCCGUCCUUGUGCGUGUUUCGGCUCGCAUUCUCUCUCUUGAGUCCAAAAUAAUUGGUUCUCAUUUUCUGUGGUUCCAACAAGAGACUUGUAACUUUGAUGUUUUAACGUAUGACCCGGAAAAUAAGUAAAUAUUAUUUUUCUUUGUUAGAAAAAGUUGAAAGUUUUGGGCCAACAGUUAGUACAUUUGAUAAUAAGCAUUUGAUUUGAUAUAUAAAACAUUGCCGUAUUUCAGCCGUAUUUCUAACCCCGUAUUCGACUUUGGGGUCGUAUCUUACUUCGUAGCCGUACCAGCAAUGGACAAGUCCCAGCCUAACCCCUAAUCCGAAUUCGAAACCUUACCCCUUACCCCCUAGCUUUGACCCCUAACCCGAACCCCUAACGCUAACCCCUUGCAGGUACGGCUACGAAAUAAGAUCUUGCCGACUUUGGUUCGCAGUUAAUACAAGGCAAGGUAUUGUGCCAAGUUUACUAAACUAUACUAAAACCCUCCGUAUAAUAAAAUCGUUGUGAGCCAUGUCAAGCAUUAUGUGGACGACCAACCAUAGAAGCACGUUGUCUGUAGCAGGCUGAGGCUGAGCAGGUUAGGAUGCCGCGAAUGCGCAUUUGAAGUUGAACGUAUCGGGACCUGCUCCGAUGAGUUGGAGCCUCUAUGGCAGGCGCCUGCUAUUACCUGAUAUUCGGCAAACGUAGUAAUCUCUCGCAUUACCGUUCGUAGGCUCCAAUAAUUAUCCCACGUUUUAGAGCAUCACAGCGAAAAAUAAUCUGGCUUCAAGUGACCGAGCUGCAUUUAGAUUCUGACUGCAAACAUACAGUUUAACACAAACCGAUUUAUUCAAUUUGGAAUGUUUUUCGCAAGCCUUUUCUAUGUCUGUUAAUAGAAAAAAUAACACUCUUUUCUAUCUUCAGGCUUAGCCUCUAUAGAUAUCCGCACCACUUGUAAAAUUCCACUUUAUCUGAAGAUUUUAAAAACACUGAUGAUUCUUGUCAAAGUUUAUUCAAAAAAUGAAAUUUUUUGAAAAACUCAAUUUACUACCCACCCAGUCCGCAUGUCUGUUUACCGUAUACAUCUCAUGUCGUAUUGGAGAAACCGUAUUUGACGACAUGCUAUUGUGUAAUUGAUGGUCAGGUAAAUGUACGGAAAAGCUUUAAUUUCUUUAGAGUGGCCUUGGCUUGUGGUGUUUUACCUGGUCCGAUCAUUUAAACAUGCUUUGAUUGAAGCUUUAAAAUGACAUUUUCCCAGCAUAAGCCCGAUGAUUGACAUCCUCUGGCAAAGUAGUAUCUCCAUUCCCGAUUUUCAUUUUUAGAAAAACGGACGGACAAAAGCGCAGUUUCAGGAGCUAUACGCCUUCACAUCUCGGUCGAGAUCAAAGGCGAAGAGAAGGUUGCCCCAUACCACGUUCAGUACACCUGCCUCCAUGAGGUACGUCCUACCAAGUUCUUUUUCGACUGUAUUAGCCAGGACACUGACGUGCAUUGCGCUAAACACGUGUGAACUGUCUCCUGUCCAUCCGAACCACCGCCAUUUAAGUGAUCCAGCGCUUAAAAAUGCCAACCUUUUUUUCACAAACAUCAUCACCGUCACCGCCGUUGGCUUCCUUCCUAAGAGGUAACUACAAGUAACCUGGGCGUUAUAUUCGACGAAGUUGGGUACCGUGGCGUUAAUCCGUUCACCGUAAUAGCUUGGUCAUCGAAUAAAAUAUGGUGGUUUAGUGAUGAGCGAUCACCCUGUGUGAUGCGUUGUCGUAGAGUCUUGUUAAAAUGGACUGACCUUCGCCUGCCAACGAUACCCCAAUCAGAUGACUCAGCACCCUGACUUUAAUAGAGUUAUUCAUUUAGCCUUAGCGCUCUCGGGUCACAGACUGCAGGCCGCGUGGCAGCUUGAACCAUUGUACAACGUGGCUGUCCACAUUUCUAGUUAAGGAAAGACUGUACGCAAUUGAAUAACUGGUCUGGAAAUCCGAGUAUUUUAUUAACUUCUGCUUUCCUUUUUUCAAACUUAUUUUACGAACAAACCCUCCAACCGUAGUGUUUCAGGUUACUAGUAGAUAAUAAUGCGCCUGGUUGAGCAGCCAAUCAGAAAAGGGAGUAGGCUUCAUGGGCAGUUUAAUAUUUAACAGUAUCAUGCUUCAACAGCCGUCCAAAAUUCCCAUGAGUCGGUAUAUAUUUUCCUUCCGCACGCGUUUGUUUCGCAUAAUGACUAACCGCCACGCCAGAAGAUGUCCCCCUCUACUCGAAUUAAACUUGUCUGGAGAGUUAAGACGUUCUUCGAGAGUGUGAUAUUGGUUGUUGGUGGGACACUUUAUUGCGUUCCAGCACGUAGUUUGCCUCAUUAUUAUUGCCGACUCAUUAAACCCCUGCUGUAAAUUUCGCGUUAAUGCGGCUUUCUUAUUUUACUGCCUGAUUUGAAUUGUGUACUCAGCUGCCUCACCGUUUCCGUCGGCGGGAAUACACAUUGAGCUCAAGGGGUAGAGGGUUGAGUGUACUCAAUGCAGUAGUUUCACCUCAGAGCUGAGAUGCAUUUGCCACUACUUGUCUGUUUUCCUUCACGGCGUGCGUCUUCGUUCGCACAAAGCACUCUUCGCAUCAUUUUUGCAUGGUGCUUAAAAGCUUUUAGCAUAUGAGUCUGUCAUAUUGCAUUUGUUGGCAAUUGUUUUGGAGACAAUGCUUGCUUUACCUGCUUGAACAGCUUGCAGGCGAAGAAUCUGCAUGUAACUGAUGCGCUUAUAUACGUCAAACGCCUUCCCCAUUGAUUGGAAUGUUGGUCUUCCAGGUUUUCCCCAGGAAAGAAUACAUUUUCGUCUAGUGGGCCUUCAAUGUUUGCCACUGCGAACCUUAAAACGAAGGUCACACGCAGCAAAUGAAACCUUAUUUUAGCCUACCUGGGGUCUCUCCUACACGUCUAUCUUCUACAAACACCGUCUUCUAAAUGCCCAGGCCCUCCGGUCUGAGAAAUAGAAAGCGGCUCCCAGCGCAACGGUAAUGCAUAUGUAGACAUAACUGGGUGGGGAUUUAUUAAAUCGGUGACGGUAUUUUGACACCAUACAUGUUACCCGCCAUUCAACAAGUCAUCCGCAGCCGUCCGGCAAAAUCGUUGACCCGGUUCGCCGGAACAAUGUUUCGGGUUGCUCACCUUUAAAUCCAACGCACUGCAGAAACAGCCCGCUAUCCAGACUUCCCAACUAACCACCCGCCACGACUGAACGGGUUUUUGACGAUCAGAAAGGCACUGCCUGCUCGCUCUUGCGGAAUCAACCCAGGGCCAAGACGAGACUUCCCCUGUUGAUCAUGCCUAACUGACUAUCUGGUUAAAAUUGCUUUCCUCAGCUUGACUAGCAUACUUUCCGUGUUCCUUGGAACUCUGCGUUUUCACUAUUCCCCUCAUGUUUUCGCUGUUUUUGGUUCUGUACACCAAAGUCGAUGACUAGUAAUACUCACAGAACGCCUUAAUAAGUACAUCCCUGAAUGAUAGGAGGAACUCAUUGAUCGUUCUUACGGAACUCACUCGUUACGUUGUGCCGUACGGGCUCUCUCCCGGGUCUAACCAACAGACGCACCCCUGGGCAUGCUAGAGGCAGAAUUUUACUACCGACAAUUAUCUAUGAUCGGAAAUGGGAGUAUGAAAAUGUUCAUCAAUACUACAGGUGGUAUUGAGUAAAAUAUCACUGGGAGGUUUCUUUGGCCCUGACCGAAACCUUCCUAACCCUACGACUGGCCUGAACCCUAACGCUAAUCCCCUCCCCCCCGGGAAUUUAGAGCUGGGUCACUUGUAGUACGGGUCCAUAUUCCCUUUCCUUAAUCUUAUCUGAAGUUAGCUCUCACCGACGUAACUAUUGCUUGAUAAAGAGUCGCUAUUUUGUCACCAGCUUUUUUGUCGACCAAUGUUUAAUUUGAUAGCUCGGCCGAAAAAAAACGACACUGACAGCCAUUGUCCCGACUUACACUGUGCCCAGCCCACUUCCUUUUUAAACUCGAGGUACGGAUAAUAAGAUCGAUUCUAGACUUUUAGGAGCGAUGGCUGAUAUAAUUUACUCAACGUCCUCGUGGACCACAUUUGCUGGCCUCCUAAGCAUAUGCAAACUACCCUUUAUAAGCGUUACGUAUCUUUCACUGAAAAAAUUUUCAUAGGAGCUACCAUAAUCGUGCAUCCUAAAUUGCAGUCGACAGGCGAACCAAGUUAUCUUCUCUGAUGUUGACCCUCCAAGUAACCGAUUCGCCUCGUCCUAACAGUUUAAAAGUGUCUGAUUUACAGCAUGUGGACUAUAUCAUUGCAUGUUAACCAAAAUUCUAAAAUUUGGUUUCGGUUGGAAAUGAUUGCUAGGGUUAGAUUGUAAGAUUUAUUAUCAAGUAGCACACACAAGAACGUUUGCUGUUGAAUACGCACCUAUCCUGCCGUCGGCAAAAACUGCACAGUGCAAAGGGCUGCUUAUGUAGUAUGAAUGUUUGCAUUGAUUUUGGUGUCCUUGAGAAUUUAAAUAUAUUUUAUAGAAAACUUGCUCAAAAAUACCCUUUCGUGCGCUUAUUUGAUAGUAAUCCACGUCCUCAAAUAUUGCACUUAAGAAUACGUAAGAUAUCAGGUUUGUAAAGUGCCUUUCAAUGUUAAUAUUUUGAGUCCGCCCUGCCGUUGCAUGUGCGUCUAGGGUUUUCAAACUCCACAUUGACGCAAAUCAUAUUUUUUCAAUAUAAUUUUGAAGAUGAUUUACAGUGUUUAGAAACGUUUGCGGUAUGUGUAAACCAUGCUCUAUACUUCGUAAGGUUUUACGCUUUUUUAAAAACCAACAUCCUGGCAUGAAUGGCGUAUCUUGGAACUAUGCUGCACAAUAAUAAAUAUUACGACUGCACUUAGUUAAUCCAUGCUAAUCGAACUAAACAUGUUAGAAUUUUAUUUAACAUUUCAUGACAUACGAAACCUAUUCUGGCAAGAAGGAUAUGCGCUGAACCCGCACUGGCACGGCCCAAUCUCUCCUUCACCUUUUGUCAGCUAGCAAUGCCGAGUCCGGAUCAACCCGACGGGCGAUGUCACCGGGCGUAUCCGGCUGACGUGGCAAAAGGUUUACAGCUAGCAACUUCUUUUGGUUGACGCAGUCAAGGCCGUUUGAGCGACUAUAACCUUGUGACGAGUUGUUUCGCAUAAUAUAUUAGGCAACAGUUGGUCUGGUACGUGAAAGUAUAUUAUUCCGAGCUCGGAGGCGUCUAGAGUGCGGGCCUCAGAAAUCAAGUUUCAGUCUUCGCAUCAAGAGUGUCCAAGAAGCUGCUACAAAGGAUAGUGACUCUCCCUAGUUUUUUUUUACUGUUCACUUUGUCGGCUACCUAGCCCAUGGCACUUUUACCCAAAGCCUUCAAAAGGUAAAAUUGCUCAAGGCAAGACUGCCACAAUUUGGCACUUCGAGGCUACACAUCGGUUAAAUUACAUAAGUAAUUUUGUGGGCAUUUCUGCAAUCCGGACAAGGGAGGUUUUAAAGCCUAUUAGUUUUGCAAUAUGAUACUAAAGGGUUUUCCUAAAUGAAUUGCCUGGAUUCAGUGAAGUCCUGCAAGUUGAUAGAUUUCAUGGUCUCUCAGACCUCAUGCAGAAACUCGGAGACUGACACAGCAUAAAACACUUUAUUCAACCCACGACAGGACAUAUCUAUUUAAUGGAGGGUAAUAACUGCAGUAUUUUGAUUUCAUUGUAUCAUUUUACUGAAGGCCUGCAAUUUUCAUAUUUCAUUAACUAUUAGACUCCGAAAAUUGUGGUCUUAUGGCUUUCUGAACCAAAUGCCAGUCUCGAUUUUAUUAAAAACAGAGCUGUAACACUAAUAUGACAGGCGGGAAGUUCCCUAUGACUAUGGUUUUGUCGGCUGCCACUCAAUGUCACCACACUAACUAAUCGCCACUUGUCCCCGGAAAUUGAUCUAGCUAGCUAAAGAAGUGGUCUGCUUUUAUGCAUUAAGGGUUUGGAACGUUGAAUUCUAGGGCAAUGUGGUCGCAGACUGUUAAAAAUGUUUCAUUGUAUGGCAGGCUUUCUAGAUUAUUACUAGAACCAACUCAGCUUACAAAUCACAGUUCUAUUAAUUAGAAAAUGUCCUUUAUCGGUGAAGGUUUUGGUGAUACCAGUUUAAUUAUGGCAUUAAAGAUCUUGUCGUCUUAAAUUAUACGAUAUAAAGUAGGCGAGCUAACUAAUAAAAUGUCAAUCGAAAUUAUGAAAUGUCUUCUCGUUUCGAAACGAUUGAUUAAGUAGGGCUGUAAAACGAGUCACCUUUUGCAGCAUAAUUCUAAUAUAGUUCAGUUACCUUAGGAUGCCGGCUUUUAAAGACCUUUAAAGAACUCUAAUCUGCAAAAGUGGUUACUUUAAGUGAUUUACUUUAAGUGGUUACUUUAAAGAACUCUACUAUGUGAAAGUGUUUACUUGUACAGCAUGAAUUUUCUCAUUGAUUUUCGAUGCCCUUAAAAGUUCAAUUAUAUUUUUUUGGAAAGAAUGCAUAAAAAUGCUCCUUCUGUCGCCCAUUCUGUAGAAGAUUACGUCUUCUUCCAAUUUUAUACCUGUAGAAAGGAUAUAAUUUGAUUUUAAAAAGUUCCCAAUUGUGAGAUUUUUAAUAUUAUGAAAUAGCCGUUCAUAAAACGUCAUGUCUCUGCAUUUAAAAUGUGGUUCGUAAAGUUACCAAUAUGGUUCACAUCCACUGCUAAAUUUUAUGAACCCCGUAUAGUCACCUCUUGAUACCGCAGAAAAAUGUAUGGUUCUCCGUACGCGGAAAAUAUGUGGCUUGUAGUUUGGAAACCUUGAAUGCAAGUGUAACGGCAGGUCGGGUUGUAAAUUAUUCGGUGAUUGGAAACGUAUUUGAAAGCCCAUUUUACCCUUUCUUUGAGCAUAAAAUUGGAAGAGGACGCAAUUUUCUACCAAAUGAACAAGAAGUUGAAUAUUUUUAUGCAUGGUUUCCAUGAAAUAUAACUGAAUUUUUGGAAGCGUCAAAAAUUAAUGAGAAAAAUGUAUGCUACCGAAGUAUUCACUUCCUACAGAGUAAAUUUUUUGUAUUAAGCCGGAAGAAUGUUUUUUCGAACGUCGGCAUCCUGAGAUAGCUGACUUUGUAUAGAAUUACGCCGCGCGAUUAUUAGUUUUUCAAACCUACUUAAUCUAUAUUUUUGAAACAAUAUAUGUCGAAGGUUCGGUCAAAAUUUCACGAGUCAGCCCACAUAUUGCAGGUAAAUCUCAACCUUAUUUGCUGAUUUAACGUUGACCUCCGUCUUGACCUUGAUGGGAAAUGCAGAAUGUCCAGACGACACUAACCGCUAAGGUUUGCUCUAAACUUUAUCCCUGUACGCUUUAAAGCUGUUAACGUUACAGUCACCGUUUACUGAAGCGACGUACCUUAGCGCAAGUCUCUUAAUUAUUUUCCACAAGUGCAUAUUGCAGAAUGCAAGGUUGAUUUGAAAAAGGCUAAAAAAAAUGCAAAAAGGGAGUGCCGCCAAACACAAGGGAGAUUAGAUUGGCCAUUGCCGACAGAUAAGCCGUCGUAAACCAACGCUACCAAACCCCUGCUGCAUGAAUCGCCGGCUGCGUUUUGGAUUAGCUUGCUUCGGUUAGGACACAAACGUUCUGUUUCCUUAAUAUCUCUGAAUGGUUUCUGUUGUCGAACGCAUACGCCUGACUCAUUUAUUUCUUUAGGAAUACUUGUGCAGAGUCUCGCUCAUAAACAAUAAUAAAACAGUUAAAUCUAGUUGACAGGUGGGGUUACACAACCUACCGUUGCCCAUAAUGAUAUCCCUAAACUGUCCUCGUCCUCUUCACCAAAGUAAGAGGACAGCAGCUAUUCCUGCUUACCAGCAGGAACAACCACCACACUGUAUGUUGGUAUACAUAGAUAUAUAUUUAUGACAGUGGGCGCUCGUCGAUCAGGUUACGGAACAUGCUCGUUCCGUUGUGCCUUGGGGCUCAUACUAGAACCGAAAUCCUAAAAACUUAAAUAUAAAAAGACUGAACGUUGAGAUUAAUGUUCGUCCGUGGAUGUAUAGGUUAUAUACAAAAAUAGUUAAUUUUUUUUAACCUUACAUGGCAAAAAUGUUCUACUGUUUGUUGAAGUUUAUGCCAGUGGGCAUCCAUUUCAUCUGGUCUUUCGAUACACGUGAACCUCAAGGGAUUGGAGUUUUUACAAAUAUUUGCUUCGAAAGUAAAUGUAAUUCCUGGAAAUGCGAUGUUGAGGUUAUUAUGAAGCGUUCGUAACUGAUCCUUCUCAGAGAUUAUAAAGAAAUGCGAUCUAGGGGAUUUUGACGUACGAGUGGCCUGAUAAGUUCCAUUGCUCUAUGGAUUAUUCGAUCGAAGCGCAGCAUGAAGGAGGUUAUAAUCAGGUUUGGCUUGCCGUCUCCGUAGUCGUGCCGGUGGCAGCAUGCAUCACUGUUGAGCUUGAUCUGUCCAGAGAAAGCUUUAUAAGGUCAUAAUUCAAAAUCAUGGAUGAGUUAAAAGAUUUAUCUACCUUGGGUAGUCGACCCUCGGAAGACGGAGGGUUAGUGAACAUGUUGAAAAUGAGGACCAUCCGUAGGAGGAUGAACUGCAUUUUUGGCUGCAAAACCAUAUUACCGAUACAAGCGAAGAUGCGAGUUCCAGGAACUAGUUGCUUUGUCGGAGAAACUGGAGGGCUGCUCCGAACGCGAAUUGCCGAACACGCGGCAGCGGUACGGAGAAAUGACGCCAACUCUCAAUUUGCGGCCCAUUCGACGAGACCCGGCAACACAUUCAAGUUCUAUGAGGCCGAAAUUCUCGUGAGAGGGGAUAAUCGCGUGAGCCGCGAGUUGCUUGAGUCAUGGUUCACGGGACCUCAGUCUAUCAACAAGUGCAACGACAUCCUCACUCCAUAUUCCGUGCUGAGGCAUAAGCUAGCCAAAGCAAUUGACAACUCGGGGAGCCAGAUGGCUGAACAAUCAUCACGCCAGCAUCCAACACGGGUGAUGACAUUUCGGCUAUUAACAACUUGCAUGCCGGCCAUCAAGCAAUUAGCGCACCAGCGGGCAGCCAUCCUGAAUGAAGGGGAUCGCUGUUAAUUGCUAUAGGUAUGCGGUAGCAUAGCUACUGCAUCCUAUAAAUACUGCUACCUCCUGUGCACGAGUCACCCUUUUCUGCCACUGUCUUUGAUGAGGGGUUCAAAUGAGAAUUCGAAGUGUCAGGCGAAUAAAGCCCUUGUUCAAGCGAUCGCUUCUUUUUCUGAUCAAGAACCAUAUUAAUUCACUCGAACAACACCAUGACUGCGUGGAUUUCCGGGUAAUAUGUGCGCUCAACCUGGACUUUGAUUUUUAAAAUCCACGCUGAUUUCCGUCCAUAUCCAAUGUUUCGGGACAUUGGAGAUAUUAUCUUUUUAAGGAACAACCAAAUUUUAACAAUCGCGCUGACUGCACCAGAAUCUAUGCACUGUUGCGUCUUCAUGACGUCUUUUUCUCAGGACCUUCGUUCCAUGAUGAGUGAGCCGAGUUUGAUGUCGCGUUCUGUCACAGAGUAUCGUAGAUUAUUCGAAACAUCUCUGAUGCAUCCUAAUCACAGAGGGAAAAACUUUUCUCUGUUCAUGGUCCCCUCUUAUUUUGGACAGGUAAACACCCGUAUGGCCGGGGUAGGCAUUCAUAUUGGGGUCCACGCAGGCAUGCAUUCUGCUGCAGGAAGAGUGACACUCGACUGAGAACUUCAUGAAUGGGCACGUCCAUUUGCCAAUCGCUUAUCAAGCAUUGCGUGAACUAAUCGGUAGCACAGUUGAAGGUCAUUAUCGGCAGAGUUCAACAAAGCAUUAGAUGAAUCGUACAGAUUCUCAUCCCUUGACUACGGGCUCGUGCGAGAGUCCGAAACGUCGCAAUCAUAUUCCUGUCUUCUUCUAUUCAGUAGUGUGAGCUGCGCGUAUUUUCUACCAUUCAGAAAACAUGCACUGGUUAAGACAACUGCAUCCUCAAUUAAAAGUACUUAGAAGUUCUUUUUUCAUUCUCUUUCUUUCUUCACAUUUGCGUCUAUUUUUUCCAUCCCUGUACUUUAGAACAUCUUCUAUUACUUGUGCGAGACGAACAAGAAUAACGGUGAGCCGGAGGUGAAAGUCGUGGAUGUCAAAGGGGUAAGGACUGUCCAGUUUGCCUACGAGACUUCGAACAUGAAUUUGAUGCAUUUCAAUUGUUACAGAGAGCAGCAUAAUAUUUUGAGAUCUCACUGAAGAUGACUGCAGCCUUUCAAAAUGCCAGCUCUAUUGUGCACAGGAUUUCCAAUCGCGAAUUUCUCGAGCGAAAAGGCGGCCUGCGUAAAUGCAGUUGCAUUUGAAGAUCGUGUUUUUUAGUGUUUGAGUGGACCAAAGGACUUUGCAUCUCCUGAUCCACCAUAGGCGAAGAUCAAUGUUAGCUGAAUCGCAUAGCUUGAUUCACUCACCUCUGGUGGCGAAGGCCACGUACCGUACAAUGAAGAUUAGUCUCAUAUCUUGGCGGAAUGCAUCGAGCUAGGUUUCCAGCCGUGAUAAAAUGUUGCACUUGGACUAGAUCCUAUAACGUUAGAAAAGUUGCUGGUCCUGAUGGUUCUACAGUUUCUACUAGCCCAUAUAUAUUUAUUAACCCGUGGGAUAGGUAUUAGUGGGAAUUCCACGGUUGCCAAAACAUGAAUAAAGGGAUAAAAUGUUGACAAAAUAAAAUAUGUAAAGAAUCCCUAAUUCUCAUUUUAUAUGGAAUUUAAAAAAGGUGUCCAUUUUUCCGUUGUUAUUUCGUCAUAUGGGCGUCUUCAUUUGCGGUUAUUCUAUCUUAACCGUUAUAAAUAUGGCACGGAAUUAAGCUAAAAUUUAAGAUAAGUGAACAUAUUUAGUAAAGAAAUCUUGUCUACCCUCUACUUAAACCAAAGCUUUUAACAAAGUUUAUUCAUUUGUGCUCUAGUAGAUUCAUCUGUUUUUUACAGAAAAGUGUGCCAAAAUAUUUUCCCGUAUGUUUGUAGCAUAUUGUGCGGGUUUUAUAGCUUGGUUAAGACCCAAACCUACGAACACGUUGGAGGUUGUUCGGAUGCAGUUAGGAAUGUUCUAAAGCACGAGGCGGACAAACGAGCGCUGGAAACUUUCAGUUCAUGUAACACGUCUUUCAGGAAAAUACAUCAUGGUAGCAAACUCUGAACUUUUUGCUCACCUUUUAAUUACUCGUGUAUUGUUCUACGACUGUGGGACAGCAUUGAUUUUUGCAUACUUAUCAGCCUAGGAUGAUUUUCUGUCUCAUCGCUCUACAAAUAGUAUCUCGCGUAAGAAAGGGAGGUGGCUACUUUUUGCGUCACGAUUUAAUUUGCACUUUUUUCGUCUUCCAAAUUCUCUUCUUCUUUUUCUUCUACAAGGACGACAGCUGGAAAGUCUACUUUGAGUCCCCAUCGCAGGAAAUCGUGACAGAGUUUGCCAUUCGCUACGGCAUUGAGACCAUGUAUCAGGCAAUGACGUAAGUUCGCUCACCGAAGCUUAGAACGCCAAUUUUCUCCUCCCCUUUUUCUACGUAAUUUUCCCUAGUAGAAAACUUGCGUGCGAGCUCCUCCGUCCUUGCAGGUCAUGCCUAAAGGCGAAAAAAGCUCGUAGGAAAUGGCAUUGUCUGUUUUUUCCCAAAUAAAACUAAAUGAUUUGGCUUCAGGUGACAGUCGUGAUAUAUUCACUUUUUUCUUUCGGUCCACUUUCGAAAAAAACAUUCACUCCUUGUAUCUUCCUUUGUUGAAUGGUCCAAGGUAGAUCAGGUGUUGAAAUUCUGCAAACUAAUUUUUAUUCUACUAUCAGUCAGCAGGAUAGUACACAGAAUAUGGACCCCUCCCCUUCUAUAAGUGGCUUUGCGCUACAUUCCGGAUGGCACAUUCUUCUGUUUCUUCACUUUAACACCAACCCUCCUAACCGUAAUACUAGUCCUCACCCCAUUGGAAUUUAGCGCAGCGCCACCUGCAUAACCAAGGACGUAAGUUCGCGCACCCUACCGCCGACAGAUCUGACGUAACGUGGCUGCCUGCGCCUACAUCUAACGGUUUCAGAACUUAGUUAAGCGUCGUGGUCAGCCCUACGGAAAAGAUGCUUUAAUGGUUUUUUUGUCGUACACGAAUAUAGCGACAGUAGUGAUCACGUUUUCCAUAAAACAUCGCUCGCUUGCGUUUACUAAUGUGGUCUAAUUACGGGACGAUUCGUGUCUGUCAAUGCGCACUUUGAAAUGGUUUGACCGUUGCAAGUAGCGAGAUCCACCUCUACCCCACGAAGGUAUUUCAGCUGUGACUUGCAUGUGACUUUCUCUACUCCACACCCCUGGUCCACACAUAAAUGACCAGGUUGUGCAUAGUCAAGCAGGCUUGCGCUGAAUUUGGCUAUUUAUUUUCUUCUGCACCAACCGUAAGACAUGACCAGGUGAGCGCAGGGGAAAUUAGACGCAGUGAUUGACAAGAUUUAUUAUCCCGUCUACGCUUGCCGCACACGACUUCAUUCACGGGGCCUCAUAUACCGCAUAACCGAGAGAGCUAUAAAAGCAACAUUGAAAGGGAGCCAUUACUGACUGACCUCACUUCAGUAGGAGUCUCACUCCGUCAGCCGGUGGCCUUUCAACCUACGACUUGCGAUCUAGCAUGGCAGGUUAUAGCGCAUGGAAUUGUUUACAUUGAGUAGAGCACUGAACUGCUAAGCAAAGUAGUUUGCAGAACGAGUCCUCAGACUGUUAUUGUUUGCUUUGUUUAUGGUUGGCAAUGAGUAUCUAGCGUUGGAGUGGCAUGCAAAACAAGUCAAGGCCAUACUUGCUUAACUAAAGUAUAAAUAAGUGCUUGAAAUGAAAAAAAAUGUUAAAAAUGGCGCUUCUUGCACGGUUCUUGAUAAUGCCCUUGUUACAUCUUUGGGGAUACAUCUCUUGACAGAAUAAACACCUGUUGGCAUUUACUCAGACGACUUCAAAUUGUUUUAACAACUGGCUCUUCUGCCAAAGUAUUUGUAGGCGUUUCUGCGAUUUUCGAAUUAAAGUGCCAAACGCCAAAUUAUUGUCAAUGAUUACCUCGGGGUUCGCAUCAGCAUACAUUUGUUCUAGGAGUAGAGUACCACCCAAACACACUUGACCAUUCUUCGGCCUCUUUGAGUACAGAUCUUAAUAAACCCAUCCCACAUCUAUUUUUGCUAAUUUAAGGUGUAAAUGCCUGAAGCAACAUCUGGUUUAUUGGUAUUUUCGAGAAUAUAAGGCGUCAAGACCUCCUUACCAGUCAAUAACAGCUACAAAUACGACUCACUGGGGAAACACGAGUCGGCGUUUUUUCCUUGAUAGUGAAAGAUCUCACGAAGGUUAAGGGCUGUUGGAUCUGUUCUAAUAGAGAUUCUUGAAAUGCAGUUGUCCACAUAGUGUUAGUGGCAAAGUUGUUGGCCCUUUCAACUAGUAACAGAUCAGCUGCCACUAUUCAGCAUAUUGAAGAUAUCAUGUGGGAAAAGUAUAACAGGGUUUCCCAAUUAUGACGGAAUACAGAGGGCUCCAUUUUGCCUUGGACCUCCUAUGUAUGGCACACGCUUCGGCUUGUAUAAGGACACGCGAUCAUUGAUGGAUGAGUUUUCCCAAGAGGAUGUCAGUUUGUGGUUCAGUGGUAGAGCGUUUAACUUAUUGUCCCACUGAAGGAAGUCGUGGCUCGGACGCCUGUGCUUUUGGCCAGUCGUUUGACUCAUGCCUGCCUGAUGGCAGAAAAUAAGGUAGCAGUGGCUACUUUAGUCCUUUUAGGCUUUCUUGGUUACACUCUUCGAUAGGAUAUGCAGAUCACAGCUGCAGGAUCUACGCCUAAAGUAUGAAGUGCAACUUGAGGCGUACCGUUUAAUAGGGUUCUUUAAAAUGGUUUUGACCGCAUUCUGUAUCCUGAUUCGUGACAUCGCCCCCUCGAUCGCAAUUUUAUUAUUAUGCACAUCGCAGUGCCAAGAGGCCACGUUAUUGCCUCUACCCUCAAUCAGGAAAACUAAUCAAGUGGAAUCGUUUUUCGGAAUCGCACGUAAGCAACUGUCGGAAUAUGGACGAUACAAUGUGUACUUUAAAUACGAGCUUUCGGAAAUGCUUACCAAGAUCACAGACUGACAUCAUAUAGUCGCCCACGAAGUGCACUUCGUCAGUUUGUGAGAGCCUAUAGAUGUUCUGAGGUCUACCUUUGAGGAUACUACAUCUAAGUACCGUACACGCAAAGGGGAUAAAGCAACUUGUUUCCUUUUCCCAUAGAACGAGCUUACUUCUGGCACAUUUACGACCAAUUUGCGAGAUGUAGUUGAAAUCGUACACUCUCCCCCCCGUCUUUUUUUCCUCCACUAAGCCACUUCUCCUGCUUGACCACGAAGUUCAUGUGCACUGGCGUUCCCGCGAAGAUGUCGUGUCUCCUGGCCAACAUAAACGCCUUUUACGCCCAUACCUCAGCAUCCAGUAACCAGACUGCCUCAGAGCGUUUUAGUGCCAGCAAUUUUGGGGUGAGUUGUUGACUGUUUGGACUGUACUCGACUGCUGCCUUUUAUGAUUCCAUAUUUAACUUUUUUUAAAAUAAACUACCUCACUUCUGUGAUGGAUGAAGUGUGCCUGAUUGUCUUCGAUGCGACACCUAGAGUAUCAGUCACGUAAGUCUUUAAAAUCAGCGGCAUAAAAUGACGCUGUCAUUAGACGGACUGAAUUUUGGUACUGUUGACUGCGGCUGCCUUAAUAAACUUUUCUGUCCAGAUACGUGUUAGGUGGACUAUUGUUCGUCAUUGCCUUAAAGCAAGUGACGCGGCAAAUUAACAUGACCCAUAACCAUCGACGUUAUCGCCUAUCCUAAGGAGGAAUCUAUAUCUUACAGUCCUCAUAAAAUUGGACGGUUAUUGAGGUGUAAAAAGAGGUUCGCUCUUAGAAGUCAAGGAUUUGCUCAUUCUUGAUCCCACCUUGGCAUAUUCGAAGUAGCGCUUUCUGGCGUUCUGAGAACCCUCUAUUUGUUGACUGGUGUUGCACAAGGUUCUCUAUAAUUGCCGAGCCGGAUGUUUGUAUUACGAAUGAUAGAAGUUCAAAUGAGUUUGACACAGGCGUACAUAUCAGAAUUUAUCGUUGUCAACAAAUUUCGCGACGGAUUAUCAGCUUCCUCAUUUGUCCUUUCAAAAUUGUGUUUUUAGAUUACCAUUUUCCGUUGAUUAGUCUGUAGGCAGUAAAGGCUAACCUUGCUAUUUUCCUUUGAUUUUGCUGUGCAAACUCAAAUCACUCUAUGUUUUUUAUUCAUUUAUCUGUGUCAUGCUGCGACUCGGUUGCAGUUCAUAAGCCGUAGCGAAAUUUGUUGAUACCAAUAAAUUUUGCUGUGCAUGCCUGUCUCAAAGUUUGCAAAGUGCUUUAUAAGAUGCGUUUUCUUAGUAUUCCGAAAUUCCGCUCAAGCAAGCGAGUUUUAUUGAAAUUGUGUGCUUAUUUUUGCAAACGGUUGGGAUUCCCUUAUUGCCUUAUCGGUAGACUGAACACUGUUCUCCUGGAGGUGGCGCCAGCGGCUGGCUCUAUUUUCCAUACUUCUAGCGUUCGUCACGUAGGUGCUUCUUUAAAAUACUCCAGAAAAGCACAUUUCCAUUCAUACCAGAAAUGCAUCCUUCAGUUUCAGUGCCUUUGUUGGUAGCAUUAGAAUUACUGGGACUUAGAGAGUGUUUUUAAGUCGCCUUCAUCGCAUUUUGAUUUGCUUCAUCUCCACAAUAAAUCGGUAAGCGUAGGCAGUAUCGCCUGUGCGCAUCCCAGCUGCACGCAUGAGUGACCUCCCGCCUGUCUGAAUUGCCAAGCCCUGUCAAAAUCAGGCUGCAUCGGCGGCCAGCUGAUCUGCCGCUGCCCUCGCCGGAUAUGCGUGCGCACAGGCAAUUUUGUCCCCAACGCCAUUGAAGGAAAAACGCUCCGACACUUCAGUAGCCAGCGUAGAAGUAUGUCCUCAACUCCUCAUGCGACCUCCCCCUGCGUCCCAUCCAGGAGUGCGAAUGCUGGAGGCGAUUUCGCCAGCGACUGCCGGCCUCGCAUACGUUUAGGGCUAUUUUUAGCGGCCACUGCCGUCUCUGAGUUUGCCUCUUAGGUCCUAUCAGAUCGAGAGGGCGGCCAAGCCGAAUUUUUGCAAUACACUUUUCCCACAAAGGCAGGCAGAUAAUGGGGCAGCACCUCGCUGCCUCCGCACAUUAGGUACGCAGCUUUAAUUAUCGUCAUUAUCGCUACUAGUCGUGUCAUUGCUAUUGUUGUUAAUCUUACCAGUGUACGCAGUAUCGCCUCUAUCACUGGCAAUGCCAGCACUACGAUUGUAAUUACUGUCACGUUAAUUCUGAACGUCGCUACUGCUACUACUACUUUCGCCACUGUAAUUACCACUACUGCUACUACUACCCUAUUAUUACAGACAACACUGUGAUCAGUGGCCUUUCAGGCAUGGUUUCUAACAUUAAACAGGACCCGGAAAUUGUCUAUCUACUGUCUGUAUCUCAAGAUACAGCAGGAUACGAGCAAAAAUUUACUACCGUUAUGUGCCUUUUAUAUAUAAGGAUGAUGAUACUGGAACUAUAGCUACGACCACAGUCCACUUCUCACUGAACACCUACUGUUACCGGAACUUAUGUUGCUACUCAUAAUGACACCGCAAGUAGGCAUUUCGGCAGUGGUAGCACUAGUGCAGGUUUGCAGGUUCCAAUAAACAUUGUGAUAAUAAUAAUUCGUCGAGACAAUAAUGGAGAUGAAUAUACACUGUAAAAGUCAAAGACUAUUAGCUGCCAAUAACUUUUCUUCCGUCAUUGCCACUAUUACACACCCAAUUUACCCUGCAUUCUGCAUUUUAUAGUCAUUGCGCUACCCAUUUCCUUCCGCCGCUUUUCCACGCUCAUCCUCCACAACUUUAACGGCUUGAAAGCUAAUCUGUCAGCUUUUCGCCAAAGUGAAUAUUUGUAGCGUUAUCACUGAUCCUUCGGCUAUUACGUAUAUUUACAGUUGGUGAAUAAGAAAUAUCGAGCAAUGUUUGUUGUUGAGCUCUCCGGGCUGAAAGCACUUCUGUUCACACAUAGAUAUGCCAUCAAUAUCUCAUAUUCGUCUAGUCAUGAAAACCAGAUGAAUUUAAAGCAGUAAGAUUUGUUUGUAACCUAAAACGUUAUGCCUGAGCUACAGACCUGCAACUAAUCUGAGCAUUCAGAAUUCCGUCCAUCGUCCUCUCGAGCUCAUUCAGAUUUUAAUGAUGUAACGCCACGGUUAGGCAAUAUACGUACUUGAAACUGGUAAAUCCACAACGCUUGCCUCUCCAUGAAGCUACUUCGAGGUGAACCAGACGCUCCACAUGAUUGAGUAGUGCGGACUAGGACGCUGACCUAAAGAUGACAGACAAACGGCAGAAUUUGCUAGCCCUUCCGCAUCCACUGCCUCUGUAAGCGAUUUAACAUCCGGAUGGCGACAAUCCGUACCAGAUCAUGUGUGGCAUAUGGUAUAAUUCACCGUCGGAAAUGGGCUCAUCUUUAUAAUUUUGCAAUGAAUAUUAAUUAAAAUUACACAUACCAGCCCGCCUGUGUUUUCGGAAAUUACAUUCCUAUGGUGGACAUAAACGAAUUCCCAAUGGAAUAAAAAGUGGCUGAAAUUUACCUUUGAUCGGUAAUAGUUUUACAAGAGAAAUGUGUUUGGAUAGUUGCUACCGCCACCACUGUACACGUUAUCGCCUAUAUUUAGCUAAUAAAAAGGCUUCCUAGGACGUAAACGUGAUCCACUUUAGGUUUCGUAGGUAUUGAAAGAAAACGGUUUACUGAGCUGAAGGGUCUAGGAGAUCGUUGCCGUGACGAGCAUUCACGAUCGAACCUGCACAAAAGACCGCAAGUCAAGAAAUGAUCCUUUAAACACUCGAUAAACUAAACAAUGAUUUAUUCUAAAAGCAUGCCUGUGCUUGAAUGCAUUAUCUUCUCCGUUGGUCGGCGGUUGACUGCUUUUAAAGAAGCGCACUUUUGUGUGUCUAGACAUCUAUACAACUCACUCAAAUUCCCUACUCAGAGGGGUUUUUUGAACUAAGAUGCAUGUGCGCAGAAUUUGCCUUCAAAUUCUUAAUGAAGCUGGAGAAUUGGUGACUGGAUCGGUAAAAAACAAACGAUCUUAUGGGUUCAUAAGAAACUAAUACUUAUACUCGUACUGUUUAUUUGCAAACGAUAGAAGUUGUAUUUCAAUCUUAUUCACUAUCCAGAUGAAAAUUGGUUUUUUACAUAAGCUUCACCUGAAUCUUCAAUUUAGUUGUUUUACAUACUCUAAGUUGUGCGGUUGCCAGUGCUUUUAGGAAAUGUCCAGCCACAAAAAUAACGUCACGAAGAGCCCUUAAGUUAUUAUUAUGAGGUUUUCUGAUAAAAUUUCCCUUGCUGGCUUUUUUGAUGAAAUCUGUCUUUUUACUCAGAUAUUUUGAUAGUCCACAGCCAGUCGUUUUAUUCUUCAAGACUUCUUCGAUUCUUCCUUAUUGGCCCAAUACCAGGACGUACUUGAGCACGUUUUUGUAUUGCUUUUAAAAUACUGCCGUACAGCUUUCGCUUUUUAUAAUGGAGGAGUAUCCACUCAACUUACAAAAGCUUUACGCGAUUUUAUUUUGCAGUUGCAUUCGCAACAACCAAAUAUACCUCCGAAAGGAGGACUACUUCUUGAUGUUCCUAGGAUUAACAGAGAGGGAGUUGAUUUUCUCAUCAGAAUCACAUUCUCAAAAAUCGGCAAACAAGUCUUUUUGAACUUAUCGAGAAUCCAUCGGAUGUAUGCUAAUUGCUCACAACAUCCAGGCACUCAGUGAAUAGAAGGGUGUGCUUGUACUAAAUAGUUGUUGAUGAGUGCGGUGUGCUAUCGUAAUUUAGUGGGAAAUUGUGCAGCCAUAAAAAAGCCAUGCGUAAGUAGAGUAUCGACAAAGAUAAGGGAGGCUGCGAUGGCCGUUUCUGGCUUAGUAGCCGUCAUCAACCAGACCCGGUGUUUUGGGGUUCUCUGAGGCUCUAUCCUUCGAUUUUUUGCUUAUUAAUCCAACGUCCUUUCCAGUGAAUUCGGUCGGUCGGGUAUAUUAACCUUGGUUGAGGGGCGCGAAUCGAUUGCGUUACGGAAAAACUCUCCCGGUUUUAUUUUAGAACUUGAUUUAGAACCCUGCAGGCAGCCGCACAGCGACCAGUAAUGCACGAAGAAGGAGAUUACCGACAAAGACAAGGGCGACUGAGGUGACCAUUAGCUGUCGUCCGUCAGUCUUACACAACCUCGGGUUUUGGGGCACCUCACCACAACUGGCAGGAUAUUGAACCUUUGGUUCCCAGCCUCAAAUCACAAUAAACCUAGUUUUUCUCGUAACGCGAUAUUUAGCGCCCUGUACUGUAUAAAUAGCCACACUACGCAGCCUCACGUUUUCGUAACUGACGACAUUUUUUUCUUUUUUCCAUCGCCUAUUUUUCCAUCUUUCUCUAGAGAUCGCCGUCGAGAUGUGCGUGCAGUUGCAUCAAAUCUCGUAAUCACGCCUUUAUUUUUGCUUUGUAGAAAGAAAAGUUUGUCAAACUGCUCGACCAGUUCCACAAUUCUUUGCGAAUAAGUCUCUCUAUGUAUCGGGUGAGUGCGUGCCCUUUUUAUCAUACUCCACUCAGUACUCGCGCUCGCCCGCUCUGUCACAACUUUUGCGAGGUUUAGUUGUCGACUUUCGGGCAGUCUUUUUCAUUAUUUCGUUCACGUUUGGAGUGAGAAAGUGACCAUUCUCCCGUUUAGUCGGGAGCGCAGGUGUUAAUCGUCAUCUACCGCAUGGUUAGUUAAUUCUAUCUUCCACUGUUUACGCUGAAUUUACUGUUAUUGCUGAUGUCAGCUUUGAUCAAAAUGUCAGUUUACUGGACUUUCCUUUCUAUCUGCUGCAAAAGAACAGUUAGGGUGGUGACUUUGAUAUCACAGGCUAUGAAAUUAACUUACAAAGAUUCAGCAAAUUCUCAGAUUAUUGGUCGACUAGGAGCGAUGGAGAACAAUAGACAUCCAGUUAGGCAGGCAGUAGAUAAGUGAAUGGGAAGGGUUCAAAAGUUAUUCUGAUAAAAAGCUAGACCCUAAACAGAGGGAUGCACCCAAGGUAGGGUUUUGCCCAUCGAUUUUCUCAAUCUUUGCAAGGUUUGGGUGUAACUUCCGUAUAUGGCGAUUGAUCUUCCAACACCUUAUCUGUAGAAAACAUUUUUAUGCUAUUCCUCCAAUUCCAUGGAAAAGCGAAGUGGAUACACUGAAGGUUCCUUUGAGUCGCUCGUAUUAUCACCAUGACCAGGACCAAUACGGCCCACUCACCAUUACAGUUGAUAUCUCCUUAAAUGCCUUUAUUAUUAUUUCGCCGAAUUUCCAUUACCAAAUUGCAUAAAUCACUCGGCAUCCUCGGCGGAAUUUUUCUGACACUUUUGUACUUUCGAACACGUCAAGAAUGUCAAUUUCUUGCUAAUUUGAAUCAAUUCAAUCAGAAAUUAAACAGGCUCGACGAUUCCCAAUGCCUUAUUGCGAUAUCAUAUAUUGCCAGAAUAAUUAGACACCUUCGGGAGUUAUGCUAAAACAUUCCGUCAUCAAGCCCUUUACCAAUUUAUUUUUAUCUAACUGUUAAUGCGUUUAGGAUGUCGCAGCUCCGCCUUUUGUCAGCAAUUGCUGCGAUUAAUUACAAUCAGGAGGGGAACAUUUAGCUCGAAGUUCAAACCCUCGGGAUCCACCGUGAAAAUAUCUAAGGACGUUAUUCAGAGUCCGCGACACGGUCCAUCCAGUUUUCUUACGUGCAUCGGAAAAGAUUUUUUCCCUAGCCAUUUAAAACACGAUUGCAAACUCACUCUUAUACAGAGAACACCAGCAAACGAUCUCUGGAAUAGUAGGUGUAAUAGUCUGAGCUUUCGGUCUCGUACAGGAGGCCAGCGUCGGAGACUGAGAGCGCGGCAUCAAAUGAGCAGUGCAGAGGGUGGUAUUCGCGAUAAGCUGCGUCCCACGCCGUCUCACUGCGGCGUUACUGCGUGCAUCCUUAGCUCGAAAUUGGGUCUCGCCUCUUGGCCGCGGGAAUGGAGCAUAAACGGACGGACCGUAGAGGCGACCCGUUGUCUCAGGUCGCCACCCACACCCCGGAGGAAGGCCACGAAUUCAAGUCUCGAGCACGCAGAUAUUAGCGCGGGCCAGCGAUAAGACAGGGCGAGAACUGUUGGGGGCCUAGCCGUCUGACACCGACUCUAACAACAGACGCGUUGACAUACCCCCCCUGCUAUCGCGAGCUCCGUUACCGCGGCCAAGAGGUGAGACCCCAUUUCCAGCCGAGGAUGCACGCAGCCACGCCACCGUGAGACGGCGUGGGACUCAUCUUAUCGCAAAUACCACCUUCUGCACUCAUACCCCCCUCCCUUUCAUGGCUUGACUACAAAAACUGCUCAUAUGAUGCCGCAUUCUCACAGUUUGUGAUGAUGGCUUCCUGUACGAGACCAAAAGCUCAGACUAAUACACCUACUAUUCCAGAGAUCGUUUGUUCAUCUUCUUUUCAACAAGAACCUGGGAUUCGCAUAUUCGCUUCCAUCACUCUUAUAUUUUCCUGUUCAAGACGAGAUAUCGGCUACACGCUACCUCAGUAUAAUCAGGCUAAUGUGGUUUCUUAAGUGUCGUUUUUGACUUUUCAGUGAAGACCUUUGAUAAUGACGAAACCAGCCAAUGCAAUUCGAUCAUUUGAUUUUGCUUAUUUUGGCAGUGAGACUAAUUAGCUUAUAAGCCAGAUCUCCCAGGAGCGUAUCGUUGAGGACAUAUUCGGAAUAAGUCUUGAAUAACCUUCCCAAUGCCACUAGUAGGCCAGGGUCAUCAUUGUAAAUCGCAGGUAGUGCCCGAAAUACAUUCCCUUUUAGGAUUUUGUCUUCCCGAGUCAUCAAGUGGACUCUUUGAAAAUGUCUCCAUCAUUUCUCAAAUUGACGUUCUUAUAGCCUCUAUGGUUGCAGUUAAAUUAUCUUUCUGUAAAGCCUUAUCCAACUGUACAUAAUGAUUCACAAUGUUGAAUUCCUGGUCUUUUCUGAAGUAGCAGCGCUUCUUUGACCAAUUCGUUUUUACUUAAUAACCUUCGCGAUUUAAUAAUGAGAUGAACCAUGGUAGAUUCGCUUUCUUGAGCUUACAGUUAACCUGCAGUCGUUUAUAACUUUUCAGACAUUUCUCACUAGUCGUUCUUAAGCAUCCUUUGCUACAUUCUAACUGAGAAUUUGCGAUUACCAGACCGAACAGGGUUCUAUGCAAUUGAGGAAUCUGAUACAAUGAAAUCAGUAUGUCUUAUAGGAACUUAUAUUGGGACGUUUCUCCGCCUCUCCUUUGUUAGAUGGCUGACCCCUCAGUUUUACCUUGUUGGCACUCAUUCGCUUGCUUCCCUUAGAGCCACCACUUCAAGUCUCGUUCAAAUCGACACUUGACAAAAAGGCGUACCAGAAGAGACAGAAGAAAAGGCUAUUUUAGCUUUGGAAAGAGAGGAAUCUUGGAGAGUUUGCAGACACUUGUGCACAAAGAGCCAUUUUGCAAAGUUCAACUGGAUAAGUGGCUGAAUGAGCUUACCGUCAGUUGCCCUUAGCGGUCAAGGCGAGCAUCCAAGACACCGGUUGCCACGAAUUUUUUGGUCGGAAUGCAAAAUUAAAAAAAAAAAAACUUUAGCAAGGGAAACCAAGGAACUGGAAUAACAGCUCCAUCCAGUUUUAAUUCCAGAUAUAGUUGAUUUUAUACACCACUGACACUUGUAUAAAAUCAAGGUUGCCGACUUUUGUCUACAACGUCAUAUGAAGUUUGCCAAAAGAAAUUUUUUUCACUGUAUGAAUUAGAUUUUUAGUUGGGUUCAAUCACAUUAGGUUUUAUAAAGGUUCUAUUUAUAUUUCGCGCCCAAAGGUUGGGAAACAACAGUAUAAUGAUUGUGUGCUCCUUCUAUAACUAGUACAUAUAAGGCCAAUUUCAAACCCUAUCUGAAGAACAAAAUUAAGCACGAACCACCGACCAUCACAUCAUCGAUUGUGGCAAAUCGCGUUCCUAUGAAGGGUUAGAAUAACAGAUGCGAAUGAAUAUUUGGCAAACAUACUUACGUCUUCAGCGGUCUCAGAGAAUCAGUUGCAAUGGUUCCUCGUGAAUGUUGCCUACAUAGCGCUUCCACCUAGAUGGGAUCCAGAUUGCCCGCUUGUUUCUGUGAAAAUCUGGUCCAUCGUGAACGAGCCAGGCAUGUGUACCACGCACUAGCGUACAGUUUAGCCUUGUUAGUCACUGCACCACAUCCAGCCUCCGGUCGCGGUGACUUUGUCUUGCCACCGGGUGAAGGUGCGGCAGAUACUGCCCAAGUACUUUAUCAUUAUAAACUAAUUCACGCAUGUCACGGCCCUGCACCCGCAACCUGUGUGGGCAAACAGUGAACGUCGUCGUCCAAGACAGUCAGAGUUACACCCUUGUGUGUGUUGAAGUAAAAAUUAUUGGCUUUAAAUCAUAUACGUCGUCCGGCGGGGCCUCCUAGCUCAGGUGGUUAGAGCGUUGGCUGUACUAAAGCCUUCCCCUUACUGCGUGGGUUCGAAUCCUACCUAGGCGCCGAGUUUUUCACAGUUGGGCCAAUAUGAAUUAUUCAAAAUCUGCCAAAAUAUCUAUGAACUACGUGAGCCUGGUAGUCAUCUGGUGGAUUCUAGGUGAAUUACUUAGGAAAUCCUGCUUGGACAGUCAACUUACUGUAUCAGAGUUGGUGGAUUCCAGACAUUGCAGUAGGUUGGGCGGGUAACUUGGACCAAAUGUAAUUAGACUCGCGAGACCGGCUGGGCCUCGUAGCUCAGGUAGUUAGAGCGUUGGCUGUACUAAAGCCUUCCCCUUACUGCGUGGGUUCGAAUCCCAACCAAGGCGCCGAGUUUUUUACAGUUGGGUCAAUAUGAAUUAAAUCAUAUGCCCUGAGAACCCUGUGCUGCUAAUCACUUUUGCCUUUCCCGCGAUAAGUAUUUACUUUCACGAAAAUUUCUAUUAGCUUGAAAAUAUUUGGUAGUUAAGGUGAAAAUGUUUCUUGCUGUCCAUUAAUGACCAGAUACUGGGUAUAAGAACUGUAUAUUAUUCCCGUUUCUCUCAUCGUAAGUCGCUGUGCCUUAUGUUCUGCCGCUGUCAUGGAGAGACACCAACUCAGUCGACCGAGGUCAUCGUGGUUAUCUAUGGUAGCGCAUUCCUUUACCAUGGGAAUGGAAAACCACGUUAUACCUUGGUGGUGGGGGAUUCUGCGACGUGACCUGCUUCAGACGUCUAUGCCGGCGCCCUUAGUGAUUUACCCGAUUGCGCUCGUUCCCUGAUUCUCAUCUACCUGUUUGAUUUAUUUAAACCUGAGUACCAAACGGCGCAUAUCCAAGUAACCGGCCAAAGUGCAUGCGAGCCCUGCAAGUGUAUGCGUCUGAUGAGAAAUUAGUGAACAUGUACAUUUCUUCGCUAGACUGUCCAGCCUAUUUUUUUACAACUCAGGUAACACUGAAGCACAAAAAGCCUACGCCAACGUGUGAACAUUUUUUGUCUUGGCAGCACAUUUUAGUUAAAUCUUGGAUAUUUUGGAAUACGAGUUACAACCUGCACUGCUCUUUGACUUUUUUCGAGGUUAACAAUGAGGUAGACAUAGAUAAGUGUGAGGUUUUUAAUUCGUAUGGAAUUAUCUUGAGACGCGACUUGAAACGCCUGAAACGCAUAUAAAUGUUUCAGUUUAAUGUCUUUAACUUCAGUGGAAUAUCAACCUGCUGCUCGCAACUGGAAAGGUUGCAGGAGUAUAAAAGACACUUGACACUCCUGAGAGCAAGGCCAUAAGUUCAUAUUUUUGAUUUUUACCACAAAUUACGACAACAAAAUCAAGAAAGGCUGCCUUUCAUUAUCACCCCUCGUCCGCGGCAUGCGAUUGUCAGACAAAGUAGAACUAUAACUCAAGAUUUUAGCUUAAAAGUGUGUGAACAUGUCAAUAAUGAUGUAGACGUUUUACAAAAAGGGACAGUGGAAUAGUCACUUCUGACUUGUAUACCAUAAUCUGCUAGCUAUAUUUCGAUCUCAGGCUGUACAUCAGAAGUUCGAAUCCAAAUCAGCUGACCAUUGAGGAGCGCUCUUAUUGUCGCAAUCAAGGCUGAGAUCGGAUGUACCGCGUAGGGUUUAAGUAUUAGUGACUGAUGCCGGUAUAAAAGCCAGAAACGACUAUUUCCUUGCCUCAAUAAGGGCUUUAAAUUAAGCCAAAAUUUGAAGUGGAUGGUAGCUUAUCCUGCGAUCUGCACGGCGAAUGCCGUUCCCGCGAUAGUACAUAUUUCCCUUCGCAGUCGAAUGGACAACGGACCCUUUGGCUCAAGUGGUGAAACGUUGAACUUGACGCUCGAUAAACGAAUAAGGCGCGUUCGAAUCCCAGUUUAUGUAAAUCUAGAGCUUGGUGUGACGGCUGACGAUAACUCAUAAACCCAAAGUGUUUAUCCCAAUCUCCCGUGUUUCUCUCGGCAUUGCCUACUAAUAAGACAGGUUCACAUUAAUUUGAACUGCCGCCCCUGGACUCUUUGCACUGAAAAUCAGAGAAACGUUACGUGUUACGCAGUUAUCCCAAAGACCACAUUCACACGAUUUCUCUUGGUAUUCAUUCUAAACAAUGACAUCACGCCAGCAAUCUUAAAUCCCACAUUUUACGCAAAUUACUCAAAUUGGGAGUGACAUUUCUGAAGUGUUGGCAUUUGCUGUUAUUGUGCACACCUUCCGUUUUUAAAGCGAUGGGGGUACUUUGACAAGUGCAUAUGGUUACAAUCAUUCCUUAUCGGACCGGCACAACUAUAGCGGGAUUUUUUAUGGUUUAAUGUUUAUUUCGAAGAAAAUAAUCAGAGGGCUGGAUGUACUCAGGUCCUUAUGGAAACAGAAAGCGGAGAAGGGACGAACAAUAUCACUGGAGGAACCACGUCUGAAAUUAGCAUCCUAUUUGUGUGUGUGCGGUAGCUUAAUUGGCUUUGACCCAUGACGGCCGCAGGGUAUGUACCAAAGUCACCUUUGCAUAGAGAGCCGGCCUGAUUGUCGUUGCCUUCGCCGUCCCAGGCACGCAUUAUAUUAGUGCCUUCUGACAGUUUACCGACACUAGACAGAUUAUUUGGAGCACAGGUUAAACAUCCAGCUGCAUAUGAAUGCUACAGAUUAUAAUUUAAACUUUCUCCAUCCUAAACUAUACUGACACUCCACUCCAAGCUUUGCUACCAGCUUGACCAGAGAAAUAAAUGAUGGAGUUAAUGGAAAUAGCGGAAAUCUGUGGUAGAAACACGUCCUUUCUUCCAUGGCGUAGUAUUACGUUUGCAAAGAACAGCAUUUGUAGUUUAUUACCUGAAGAGUUUUGGAAAUUGGCGUAAUAUUAUCUAUACGUUUAUGAAGUCUCAUACUGUAUUACCCUGCAACGGAGGAAACCUUUAAACGUGUUGUAAUUUUAGUAGCUUUUGUAGGCUUUUAUAUACGCUUUACGUUAAAUCAUUCGAGAGGCGAAUGCCGCUUUUUCUGCUGCAACUAUCACCUAUAAUAAUGGACUCCUGUGCAAAUUCGAAAGCCUGGAGCAAUAAACAAACUGUUUCGUGCUCUAACGAUCUUCUCCUUACGCAUAAGUCAGUUUGAAGGUUACUUUAACGGAACGAAGAUACGAUGACUACCGAAACUACGGAUACUUACUUUUGUCAAUCAGUUAGCAUUUUUAUCACUUCAUAUUGACGUUGGCACUAUGCAGUGUCAUCAAAACAUCUGGCAUAUCUUUGUCAGCUGACUUCUGUCACAGCUACUUUUUAUGACUCUUGAAUUUGGUCCUAUUAAAUGCUUAUGACCGUUUUUCACCCAUUCAUUAUCUAUCUAUGUCGAUAAGGCUAAAAUAGUUCAGUGAAGAGGAUUGCGCACUACCGCAAGGAAGCUUAUGUUCUUCAUCCUCUCCCAACUGUUUGUCUAAGUUUGUGUUUGCAAAUAAAUUUACUUUUCAUUAUCCACAGCUCUUAUAUCUACAACGAGUUGUAAAUCGAUAAAUCAGGAUUUUUCUAGUAAUUAUUCCGUGUAUAAGCAGAUUGUAUUUAAAUAUUUUAGAAUUGUUUCCCGGCCUCGCAACCCGACAAACUGCAGGACCUCAAGUCAACGGUGGACCUCCUUACCAGUAUCACCUUCUUCCGCAUGAAAGUACGGUAACUGUUUCUGUGUGUAUUUUUCGCUCCUCUAAUUAGAAUUGAAACCUUGUCCAAUUUGUCCCCUAGAGAACUGUAGGUAGACGCUGUCAUUUUUUCUCUCUAUCCUAAAAGGACUUUUGUGAUAUCGGACUAUAAAUCUUCUUCAGGCAACACGAUUUUCAUCAUACGAACCAGUUUUCUGAUUCAGUUGCCCCACUUUAUAUCGAUCCAAAUUGUCGUGUGUCAAUUACUGCUCUCAGCCGCAUGUUAUGCUUCCGUUCAGGGCAAUAGCGGAUUUGGGUGAGGCGGGGUAACAAUGAAUUGCGGUUUCGGACUCUUCAUAACUAAGGCCAAAUAAACAGCCAAUGUUUCCGGAUUCUUUCAAAUGGAAAAGAACGCAUAAGCAGAUACCUAGUGGUCACUGCCUUCGCUACUAUUUAUCGCCGUCACGCAAACACUGAGACGUUUCCAAACGAUUUGUCUUGGCGCUUGGAGCUGUCUGGAAAGAAAAAACUUUUUAAUCAAAAAUCUUGGUUUAUAAAAACGUUUCUGGUGGAAUGAGCUUGUAGAUUUAACUUCCCACGCCUUGUACAGUACGGGCAACAAAAUAUCGCCUAAAUAUCAGUAUCAUGCUCUCAGUUAUUAAUAAUAGGGUUGCUUGCAUAUUUGUCCAAUUAAUUUUGUUUCAAAUGUAUAAGACAUGUAAGUGACCUUAGUGAGCUAUUAAAGUCGCAAAUUAAGCAACGGAAUGGUGCGUUCUAGUGCAAGUACGCAACUUGUAAUGCUGCUAUCUGUAGAGGAUGGUGGGUUCAAGUAUGAAAUCAUUACUUUGUCCCUGCUUUUGUGGUUGAGGAUAAAAGAGAUGGUGUAUGAGAACCAGCGUUUAUUUAAUAAACGUAGGAGAGAGUUUAAUCCAAGGUGACCUUAUGCAGUCAAACUUUUCUUACUGGUUACGCCAGUAGUUGAAUUGGAUAGACGGGAUUGUAGAGAAUGUCGCGGCAUGAGUGCACUUUUAACCAUGGUUCUCAGUCCCACUUGGUUGUAAAUUAUGUCAGGCAGUCUGAGCCUUGAAAAGCGCCCAUCUGCCUUUUGAGUAGGCUCGUGGCCUAACCUCAUUUGCAGACUCAUUCUUCAUAAUGUUUUUGUGAGAGAGAUGAGCGGCUGUGCUCACUGAGGGAUAACGAGAACUGAUGAAAAUGUAUUAGCGUUGGUUCUCUUUUGCCGACACACUAAACUGGGCGUCAACCGAUCCCCUUGGCUGGCCAUGUGUAAACCUCUCCAAGGAAUAUUACUGUUGGGAACGGGCAGUUUCAUGGCAUCUGCCAGGCUGUUCUUGGCACGCUUUCACUCCGGCUGUCUUGACGAAACCUGUGGUUUUCUCGUCUGGAAUAGAAAUGGGUUUGAUUUGAAAUGCAUCUAACGAGGACAAGCUGACAUCUUUUCAAAGUAAUUUAGGUGACCUUUGGAGUCAAAGUAACAUGCAAGUGGAAGUAUGACUGCAGUAAGGCUGACCUCUGCGAAUUUAUUCAGCAGGACGCGCAUUCCUUUCAUGUAAUUUUUUAAAAUAAGAGAUGAGUAACGCAUGCACCAUCUUUCGCGUGGGACCAGUUAUAUCAUCAUCUAUGGUUUAAACGGCGCCUGGUGGCCGGACCAGAGGAAGUUAAAACGACUGGUGUCUGACCCAGUUUCUGGCAUCAUCAGGAAACUUCUCUGCGAAAAUUGACUUCCAAGUCAGGCGUUUAGAAGACGGACCAACAUCACACAUCUUAACUUCAGAUGAUGCUGAUGUUAUGUGCUUUAUCUAGAGCGUGCUGAUGGUUUCCAUUGUUUGUCUCUAUUGAACUUAAAACUGAGUCAAAGUGUAAUCGAUUAUCCGUGGUUCGGACGGUCUCUUGUGCAGGUAGUGGACAAAUCUCAACAUUGUCAUUAGUCGGAGGUGGUUAGUACGAUAAAAGACCCAAAUCCACUUCCCGCCUGAACAUCCGCCUCGACAUUUUUUGCCGCUGCAGUACUGUUCAUCUAGGAUAGCGCUUCGCCCUGGGGUGCAGAAACCAAGUCGCCUUCAUAUUUUGCAGUCAGCCGCCCGAGGUUCGACUACUUGUCAUCUCACCAUGCCAAAGGAAACAGUAGAUACAUAACAGUCCGGGUCAACAGAGUUACGGGGAUACCAAAACAUUAGCUGAACUAGGCCUAAAAAUCCUCUUAUGAAGCAACCCAACUUAUCAGAACAUACAAACGCAAGCACAAACGCCCACACUGGGCAGUUGGCCCACGGGUUAGUUCUACCGAAUGACACAUCAGCCCCUCCCUAUAAAAUUCAUCUCUGCCUGAUUACCUGCCAGGUGUAUGUGCGCACCCAUAUCUUUGACUUUCCAAACCACAAACAGCCAACUACCUGACCGACUGCAAGAUUACUAAGCUGGUUAGACCUGGUCCUUGGAAAAACUGCACGGUGUGGUUGUCAAUGUGUGUGUGCUUGUGUGCUUCCAGUCCCAGGUGACUAGCAGGCUAUGACCGGCUGAAAGUGUCAGGAAUUGUCUCGAAGCAUCAUCUGUUUCCCGGUUUGCUUCUCUGCGGCUCGACAAAUCGUUACAUCUUUGUGGUACUAUCUUUCAACAGGUAUACUACUUAUCUUGGUCGGCCAGAUGAUCAGCAUGCAUCUUUUGUCGUUGUUAUCUCUGAUGGUGGAUUAAAAACAGAAAUUCAGAACUUCGAACGGUAUCCUUGAUGAGGAACUGUUGCGUUUUGCCAUAGCACGGUUUCGUGUUACCAAACUCGGCUUUACAUUUUAAGUGAACAACCAACGUUGCUUUCGUCAUCAAAGUUUUCCUUAAGAAAAUUAAUUAUGUACAAAAUCCAUUACUAGAUACUUAUGAGCCAAAAUCCUUAAGAAUGCAUUUUUGCCUAUUGGUGUGUGAUCGUGCAAAACAGGUUGUCCAAACUUUUAAGUCGUCUGUUCACUUUUUUGACUUAAGUCAACUUCUGUAGUUGAAAAUCCCACCUUCUUUCCUCAGGUAGUUCUUGUCCAUUUGAUAGGAUUAUUAGAACAGUGCUUUCAUAAGACGUACUUCGUUGUUUAUAUCGUCUCUAAACGUUAAUUUUGUCAUUUGUCAGCCAAAUUAAUCACCAAUUCCGAUUCAUUUUACUGUCACUGUGUUAACAGCCAGAGCCAGCUUUGGAGAAUAUUGACGGCGUUAUUUGCAACAAGGCCCUACUACAGCGUUUUCAUAUUCAACUGAAAUUAGUACGCCUUUCAAUGUUUUUUUUUCAGGUUCAAGAGCUAACAAGCCCACCCCGGGCCAGCCAGGUUGUAAAGGAGUGCGCUCAGGCCUGCAUGCAGACCACUUAUCAGUUCCUCUACGAAAAUGCGAACGAUCUCUAUGCGCGGCAGUUUCAGGUAGAUAAUUAACGCAAGCAUCUGUUAGCAUAAUUUCUGUGUGUAGAAGUUUUCAUCCUGAAGCGUGCCAAAAUAAAAUGGUUAUUUUUGGAACUUGCUUAUUAAGUCCUCAUAGUAUUUGAAGGGUCACCAGACCCCGAUGAUAUACAAUACGUCUACAGUUGCUGAAACCGGCGUGUCAACAGUCCCUUUCUACCGAGCAUUUCCCAGUUCGAACUCCACUUUCUCCGAAAGCAGUUGCCCUCUUUACUUCACUGUAAAACUGCUUCUGCUAUUGAUAAUACACCUGCAUUAGGAAUCAGUCUAAGUAAAGGAACACUUUCGCAUAUGUCGUCACCACGUUUUGUUUGUGGUUAAUGUUUUAAGUUGAUGGCCCAAUAACAGAGGCCGGGGCGCAGCCAAUCAACCAUUAUGAACCUUUGGGCAUAGCUUGCUUUGGCUCUCGAAAAGGCAAAUCUUGGAAAUCAGCAUAUAGUAAACUAAUCAUAUUGCAAUAGUAGAAUGGCGCUCACCGAUCGUUCUUACAGAACCCACUCGUUCCGUUGUUCUUUACGGGCUCUCUCUCGAGCCCAACCAGUAGCUGCACAGCGGCGCAUGAUAUAGGCAGAAUGCUAUUACCGACAAAGACAAGGGAGACUGGAAUGGCCAUUUGUGGACUAUUAGCCGUUGUGAGCCAGUCAUACCCAACCCGGGCGUGUGGAACACCCGAGGCUCGAAUUCGCGACCUGUUAGUUAAAUGUCCACGCCUCUAAUCACUGGACCACGGGCCCGUUGUCCUGUCGGUUGCGAUCUGGAAUAUACAACAGCAGAGAGGCGCUCACAGAUCGUUCUUCCAGAACUCACUCUUCCCGUUGUGCCUAACGGGCUCUCUCUCGAGCCCAACCAACAGCCACACAGCAGCACAUGAUAUAUGCAGAAUGCUAUUACCGACAAAGAUAAGGAAGACUGGAAUGACCAUUUUGGCUUAUUAGCCGUCGUCAGCCAGAAAUGGUCAUUCCAGUCUCCCUUGUCUUUGUCGGUAAUACCAUACUGCUUAUAUACAUAUUGCCAUUCGAACACUUAAGAAGUCGUUAAUUUGCGUCAUGAGCUCGUAUGACAGUGACGUCCAGUCGGUCGAAUAAUUCAAGAGGACAUGCCCCAUUUAGUUUUGCCGUGGAUUUAUGCCAAGUGUCCUCGUACACGGUCCCGUAUUGACAAACAGUACCAAUAGAGAAAAUGUGAACAAAGACGAUGGCGAUUUAAAUGAACUUUCUAGACUUAACGACUGACGCCAGCUAGCUUUACCAUAACCUAAAAUCUGGAUAGCAUAAGAUUCUAAUUCAGAGUUGUUGUUCAUUGGGCAUUUCAUAUUAAAAAUAUUCACUAUGCCGAAAAACACAGCGCCACUAGGAGAUGACGUUUUGCCUUUCUACCUUAAAUUUUACGAAAGACAUUAAAUGGGAAGUCAGCCUGAUUGUCAAAUACAAUUUAGGAGAACGCAUAAUUGCAGUUGUUGAAUACCCAUUAAUUAGCCAAGACCAAAGAAAAAGGGCCUGACGGAAGAAAUUUUUCUUACGAUAGACUUGCAAUUAACUGAUUUUCCGUCAUUUUAAAGGUAAGCUCCGGCUUUUAAAGUCUUGCAGGAUACUGCAAACGUGUAAGUUGUUUUCAGUAAAUGUGGAUUGUUGUGUUAAGCUUAAAAGGCUUGCGUGACGGCGCAGUAGCUCCCUUAAACAUAUUUCUUGUGUUCUUACGAAUCCAAAAUAUACAUAAUAUGAAAUAUGACGAACCGAUAAUCACGGAGGGAAUAGAGGGUUUUGUGACAUCUAGGUAUCUCUUGAUAUGGUUGGAGGAAGUGCUGAUUAUUGCUAUUGUGUUGCAAUUUAGGAGAAGAUCUCCACAGACGAAACCGGACCUUCAUUGAAAUCACUUGACUUCUGGCAUCGUUUGAUCGCACUUCUUGUUUCUGUCAUCGAAGAGGACAAAACGACGUAUGCGACAGUGAUAAAUCAGUGAGUCACUUACAAGAAUAACCAGCCAGUUAGUCGCUUCUUCCGCUAUUUCGCACGCGAUACGAAUUUCUAAUAGCCUGUAUUUUGGGUUGCAAAAUUCUUUUUCCUGCCAUUUACCGCUCCUGCAACGGGCUACGCGAGAGACGUGCUUGGACUACCAGGGAGGCUAGAUUGGGGCGCUGCGUGAGUUAAUCUGUUUCGCAGAGUACGUGCAUCCCAAAACAAAUGCCACACAUUGGGAUGCGGUGGCACCCCUACGUGUAGGAUCAUACCACGCCAACCGCUUGCGCCCAAACCCGCUUCAGACAGUUCGGACAGUGGAUUGAGGAAUCGCUUCCCGCGGAACUUGAGCUUACACCUCACUGUAAAAAUCUGACGCGCUAAAAGUUGUGGCUUAGAAGGCUGCCAACUGACAGGAUAAAUCGCUCCUCCCAGGAUGGAGACUGAAGCUACAAUGGUCCUUUUCGAAUGUUGCCUCCAUGUCAAUCCCACUUAGAUGGGACUUUAGUCUCUUCCUUUUCUGUGGAAAAACAUGGGACAGGUCUCUGGAACCAGGCCGUUCGUGCCGCGCGUAGACGGGCCGCUUAUUCUUGUCAGCCACUGCACCCCAACUCGCCUCCCGUCGUCCUAACUCUGCCUUGUCAGGGAGCCCAGAGUUGGAAGGGAGGAAAGGGUGCGUUGGGUGCUACGCAAGUCUGCUAUCACUAUAAACUAAUUUACUCGCAAGUCACUACCCUGCACCGGCCAUUUUAGAGGGCUCACGAUGGACACCGUCGUCCACGACGGGCGAACUACCGAAAGUGCGAAUUAGCUGCUAUUAGACACAGGGCAUGACUUCACACUGAUCUACUGAAAUCUAAGGGCAAAAGACUAGCAGCCCAAUAACUCUGCACUUUGGUUCAUUUUUGGUCCUGUUUCAACCAGAUCAUUAGAAAGUACAGUAAGUGAUCGACCUUAUGAAAUGUUGGCUGAAAUUCUGAAAUGCGUUUUCAAUUAGAAAGGAUUACUUAGACGCGGUUGUAAUACUGAUUAUCUUGUGGCGUAAUCCUAUCAUAGUUCGGACUCGGCAGGUUGUCAGCCUUUCAAUACGCUGCAUUUCCAUCUGCUAUGGAAACCGUGCUCGGUAAAAAUGACUAAUUAAGUAGCAUGCAUUUUCCCAUUGAUUUUCGAUGGCCUUACCUGAUCACUCGUUGCAUUAGCGCUUAGUGAUUUCAGUCCACAAGGUUCAUGCGUUCCGCGUAAAGAAAAUCAUAUUUAUUUUCUAUGCCUUUAAAAAGAUAUCAUACAGAGUCCAUAAAAUUUUGCAAGGGAUGCGAACUAUGAUGUAUAUUUCAUGAGGAGCUGUGGUAAACGGCCAGGUACGAUGCUUUGUGAAUGGACAUUGUGGGGUCUUAAAAUAAUAUAAUGAUUCGAAACUUUUUAAAGCCUAAUUAUACUCACUCCUUCAGUAAUAAAUAUAUAAAGGCGUGAUUCUCUAUUAAUUGAGUAAAAGAAGGCAUAUUUUUGUUUAUGGUUUCUAUUUGAAUUUGCAAGACCAUCGAAAAUCAAUGGGAAAAAUGCGGGCUACUUAAGUAGUCAUUUUUGCCCAGAACGGUUUCCACAGGAGAUUAAAAAGCAGUGUAUUCAAAAGCUGACAUCCUGCCGAGUCCGAAAUAUUGAAUUAUGUCAUAAAGUACUCAGUAUUACAAGCGCGCCUAAGCAAUCCUUCCUAACUGAAAACGCAUUUCAAGAUUUCAGCCAAAAUUUCAUGAGAUCGGUCACAUACUGUAAAUCAUGUUGCGUCUUUCAGGAAAAAGACAUUUUGAGGCGUACUUUCAAUCACAGUCUAAUGUCCGAGUGACAGGUUUUUACCACAUCAUUGCGCGACCAGAUUUUGUCCUAUUUUACUCUAUUCUACCUGCAGAUGACAUCUCUUAAAAAGUAUCCCUUAGGCUGACCGGCACACGCUUCCCACAAUGAUAAGCUAAGAAGGAAUGAGCAGGUUGCGAACAGCUGGAUAUACUAUCAAUUUACAAAUCGUCCCUUGCAGUGAGGUCAGAAAAAUAAUUGCACGAGCAUUUGAAUGAUGAACAAACAUGUCAUCGCUCAGCUUUCUCCUGCAUUCGUUUUCCCGUCUAUCUUAUUACCUGGUUUAUGCGAUAGCGGUAGCGACUUGUCUGCAUAGUCUGUCAGCGCAUAGAACGAGAGUCGUUGAGCCUGUGCGCCAGCUGUGCAACUCGAUGAGUAAAUAGUUCGUCCGCUCGUCUCUGACCAGCUUUUAUUUAAUCCAUCUGUUACCACCCUGCACUUGGUACAGUCAGUGGCCAAUCCCAUGAAAUGUAUGCUAACAUUCUGAAAUGGGUUUCCGAUUAGGAAGGACUACUUCAGUGGAAUUGCAAUACUGAUUACCUUGAGGCAUAAUUUUAUAAUAUAUCGGACUCGGCAGGAUGUUGGCUUUUGAAUACACUUCUUUUUUUAAUCCCCUGUAGAAACCGUACCCGGCAAAAAGAGACUGCUUAAGUAGCAUGCAUUCUUCACAUUGAUUUUCGGUUGUCUUUUAAAUUCAAAUAUAUUUUAUAAAAAGCAUAAAUACACAUGUUCUUUUGCUCGUUUGAUACAGAAUCAUGGAAUCUUUAUAUUCUUUAAUCAAAAAAGAGUAUAAAUAGGUUUUAAAAAAGUUUUCUAAUUCCCUAAUUAUUUGGAGUCUGAUUAGCCGUGACAGUAGCGCUUAAUGAUUUCAGUCUGCAAGGUGCAUGCUUUCCACGUAAAAAAAUCACAUACCUCCCUAUGCCUUUAAGAAGAUAUCAUAUAGAGUCCAUGAAAUUCUGUAAUGGAUGCGGACUAUGUUGAACAUUUCAUGAGGAGCAAUGGUAAACGGACUCGUACGAUGAUGUACGAAUGGGGUAUUACUACCUCACCUAAGUAAUCCUUCCUAUUUGGAGACGCAUUUCAGAAUUUUGGCCAGCAUUUCAUGAGAUCGUUCACUCAAUAUAGCAGGGAGAUAAUUAGGAUAAGCUUAAUUAACCAGUUUGUUUAAAUGGCAUAUAAACAUUGGUCGUUAAGUAUGAGACUUUUCCGUUGGUAAAGUUGCUCUAGUAGACUCUGUUUUCUUUUCGAUUUGCCCUUCAACUUACCUGUUAUAAUUAGCUUAAAAAUGGUCUGCAUUAUCAAUGUAGCAAGUCAGCGCCAUGUGAUAACUUUUCCUCUUUAUUCUACAGGUUUCCACAGGAAGCAAACAUCGGCUACAUUUGCGCCACUUGUAUGUGGACCAGGCUUUCUGAGGACCUGUCGGUUGCGCUUGAACAGCAUGCGAAGGCCAAGGAGCGCUACUGCAAAACCUCUGAAUACAUGAAUUUGUGCUUCAAAGUCAAAUGGUUUUACAAAACGCAUAUAGCGGAGGUCCCUGAAAUGCAAAACCAGAUCCCUUCGUAUCCUGUGUGAGUUGCCGAGCCUUGUUGACAUCUAGAGGUUACUCACCUGCACGUUUGACAAGACGGAGAUAAACGCUCCCACGUGACAUUGCCAGCCUCGUGCAGAAAUUGGCUAAUGCCAGACCAGAUGUCAGAAUGUUAGACAGACUUAAGCUCCAAGUCACGUGUCGGUUUUUAAGAGUAGAAAGAUUGAAUUUUUACCUAGAAUUAGCUGUUGGCUCCGUGUUGUUCAUAAAACUAUAACAUACAGUUAAGUAAGGUAUCACGAUGACAACAACUUAAGCAGGAUUUGGUGUUAACGUCCACGUGAUGUAGGUGCCCAGUCCUACUAAAUGAGCUGAGUCUCUUGAGAUCAAAUUUCGAAAUAUAGCCACAAGAAUAUAUUUUGUUGAGAUUUAACCAAACAUGGUUAUAUGCGGAAUGCCUCCUACUCUAAAAGCCUUUUGGUUGCUGUCGAUUACUUCAUGUUUCUGGCAAUAUUUUUCCAGUCGGUCAACUUUCUCUUAGAUGGGCUAAUAGAUUUUAUUGGAAAAUGAGCGAUCGUCCGUGAAUACUGAAGUGUAUUAACCUUGACAAAAAGUUCCAGUCAAACUCUGUGUUAGCAGCAGCGAAAUGUUUGAGGGAUUUUAGUCUAAUCUAGUAUAUUUAAAAAUGUUUAAAUUCCGUAAUCGCUAAACCUCAUCUCUGCACUUUACCCUCAUCUGAUUUUUGUGAAAAACGGAAAUGUUGAAGUCCCGGAAGUCUUGAAUCGACGCGGUUUCCAUCAAAGGCAAUGUUUCGCCCUGAGAAUUUGUUGAAGAUAUGCAAAAUGCAGCUCUCGCACUCGAGCCUUUCCAACUCAUCCUCCUAACAUACGUAACCCAAAAACGCCAACUAUGGGCACCCAGAGAAGCGAGAUUGUCUCAGUGAUGAGACAUGUGUUGGAUUUAAAACAGUCAAAAAUGGGCUGUCAGUAGGGAAUUAUUAGUGAGCUAAGAGACAAGGGUGUUGCCAGAACACUACAGUUAAGUAAAAAGAUCUCUUAAAAUUAAUGCCGAUCUUCUCAUCAGAUGAAAACCUAUACCUAUGCCAAUUAUCGGCUCUGCGCAAUAAAAAGGUGCCCUCCGGAAUAAAGAUUCCAAGCAGACAGCCAGCCUUUAACCUUUGGUAACAAACGCUGCAUCACGGCUGCCCCAACCCUGAAACUUACCUUAUUGCCUUGGCACCCCCCAGCCCAAACCAUCUGCAUUUCCCCACACGAACAUCAUAAACGCGUAAAGCUGGUUGACCAAUAUGCCCUGUAAAUAUUUUGUUGGUUUCGACACGUGGUUUAUUGGGCUGUGUGCAAAGAAGGCGAGAAGUCCAAACGGUACAGGGUAACGCACUGUCGGAGGAUACGAAUCGACCGAAGUCGGCUUCGAGGACGAAUUGUUUCGCAAUUUCUAUUUCCGAUGAUUCGCUCUCUUCAUUCCAUUGCAAAAAUGUGCAUUCUAAGUACAUGAACGAAACAGAUUUUAGUCGGCAGUAACAUGUCUUUUAUGCGCGUGUUUAUCACCGCCUGGACAAGGUUCAAAAUCAUCCAGUGAGCAGCGAAGCUGGUCAUUAGUAUUUACGAUGCACAUUCUGCUGACAAUCCGACACCACGCAUGUCUGAGUUUCUCAGAAAGCGGUUAAAGAUUGAGAUGUCCUUCUGAGCGCGUCAGAAGGAAGUCCUUGUAAAUUUGCCUCCCAUAAUCGCCAGGCCUAGCAAAGACGAAGAUACGAAGUGCAUUGAUGAUCAAAGAACAGACCGCUAAUAAGAGUACCAGUGACAGUGACAAGGUAGAUGUCCCAAAAAAUUAAAGGAUCACUUUUGACUGAGUUGUUGUAGCCUGCCAUUCUUCCGUCGAGUUAGAUCAGCAAGUCUGAAAUGGAAGGACAGUAGCAGGGUGACAACGGGGGUACUUUCGAAUUCCUUGCGUAGAAUGACAUCAUCCAGUUAAAAACCAGCUUCACCUCCUUGGAUUUUGCAAAUGGAUUUUCGAUGCGUCAUAAAAUUUUUCUAAUCAAACCCAAAUUAAUGCACUUUUUCGACCGCAACGCUCGUUUUGUCGGCUGUUGAUACACUUAUGUCCUAACCAAGUGAAAUAAGUCUCAUCUCAGGCUAACAAACGAUACCCAGACACAGACUUUGCGAUACUUAGAGACUAAAGACACACAUGUUUAUGUGCAUCCGUUUAGCGAAAUUACAGGACCGUAAAAGCAUGGAGAUACAGCUAUUCCACGUUACUAAACCUGUGCAACAAAAACCUUCCUCAAAGUUCUGGGAUGAGAAAACAAGCAUGAUGGUAUGUCUUUAAAAUAGAAAUCUGUUAUGUUCUCUGAGUUAUCUUGUUGUGGACUGAAUCAUUUUUCGGAGUUUCCUCAGGACAAACUGCGUUUCAAACGUAAGAAGGCAGGACUAAUGGUUUACGCUGCUAGACAGAAAGGUACAAAUGUUAAUAAUUUAUGGUUUUUUUGCGAUUUUGUGACCUGCAGCUGGUUCGAACCUUUUGUGAUGCAGUGGCUCAACGAGAACGACGAGAUUUCUAUGGAUUUUCUACGCAACGCCUACCAGCGGGACAAAAAGGAUGGGUUUCAUCGGUCCAGUGAGCACGCGCUCUUCUCCAAUUCCGUGGUAGACGUUUUCACCCAGCUAAACCAGUGCUUUGAUAUCAUGAAGAAACUAGAGUGCCCUGAUCCGGCAGUGAACGCGAGGUUCAUCAACAGAUUUUCUCACGUCAGUAUUUUCCUUUUUUAGAAUCGAACUGAUACCCACUGUUGACCAUAACGCACAAGCAAAGCUUUGCAGGCAUAUUUUCAUUACGUUUUUUGCCUCCGUCUUUAAUUGCUGCUUAAUAGAAGAAUGCACGCUUUUGUCUUAAAAUGAAUAUAUAGUAAAGGAAGGUAUCUCUAAAUCCAAGUAUUAAUUUACAUGUUACUGAAGUGAAGAAACCGUUUUUAAAAGACGGCUUAUAACAAUUAAACAUGUAUUUCUUACGUAUCCUGUAGGCAACCGUGUUCCGGUGAGAUUCAUACGGGCUCUAAAAAUGUCGUAUGCGGGUGUUCAACACCCCGGGGGGGGUAGGUGUGACUGGCUGACCACGGCUAAUAAGCCAGAAAUGGCCAUUCCAGUGUCCCUUGUCUUAGUCAGUAGUAGUAUUCUGCCCAUAAUAAGGUUUGUAAUAUAGAUUAUCGUGCAGCAUAAUCCCUAGAUAUUUCAGUCAGGCCAGGAUGCCCUCCUCCAGCCUCCUGUACUCCGCGCAAAAUGACUACUUAAGCUGUAUAAUUUUCUCCAUUCCUCUGCUAUACAGUAUGCGCGAAUUCCAAUAUCUUUUAUAGAAAACAUGCUCAGAAUAGGCCUUUAAUUAGUAUUUGCGCUGAGACCAUCAUUAGGUUACUUCUUUGCAUGUUAGAAAAUGUUUUUUUAAAUAAAAGACUGACUGCGAAUUGGCGCGAAUUCCUUACUCGUUUAAUUCCAAGUUGAGCCGCGUUGUAAACUUAUUUGUCAAAUUCGACUUUCAAAGGUCCUGUCAGCAGGACUGGCCCCUUAUUUCUGGAGCGAUUUUUCUAGUAAAGACGCCAAAGACAGACUUAUCUUGAACGGACUUGAGGUUUAAGCUGCUCUCUGCCCGUUUUGACUUUGUUAUUACUACUACCUGCGUGAAUUGACGUUUAAUUGUGCCCACUGGCGGCCGUAGGUUAAUGCAAGUCCAUUUUCAGGCAGAACUUGUAGCUCACAAUCAAACUUGGUCUCUGCAUUUUUUGUUGCAAUUGAUGAGCGCAUACCUUACGCUUUUGGCAACAUCUGCUGCCUACGUAAUCCCCUCUUCCUAGGGUCCCAUUUAGUCCUGUCAGAUGCAACCACAGCCUCUGCGCUUACUGAUUAAGAAAUCUAAAUUUGGCACACACGCCCCCUACCAGAGAGCCGGUAGUUGCCGUCCUGGAUUACCCCAUAGAUUCUAAUUUCCUCUCAGCAAUUCCUUCCGCAGGCAAACUCAAGCGACUCGAGACUACCCACAACCGAGUGUCUAUUGAGAAAAUGACGAGGCAAGACAGGAAGGAGAACUCUUGAAACUCUGGGGGGUGGCUAUUUUCUGCUUAGGGAUUUUUAAUUUGGUAGAGAGCGUACGAUGGUCGAAAAAAGUCGGCAUCCAGUUGCGUAAUCAAAAUGCUUCGUGCUUGAAUAGCAAUUUCCUCCAGUGUUGCGGAAAUUGCGAAUUACAAGGUCUGUUGCAGAUCCCAUGCAUUUUAAGAAUAAACCAAAUGCGUAGCCCACUUUUACGCAGUACUUCAAUAUUGAUUCUGUGUGCCAGCCUUACCCACUUUAGCUUGCCAUCCAAACGUCUCAAUAAAUAUUUUACACCGGAGAGUCAGGCAGGGCACAGGAAUAUGAACCCUCACAUACAACAGGUGGUUUUGCACUCGUCAUCAGGGUGUGUCAGGGUGAGGAUUAGGAUUAUGGUGGUUAGUGUUAGUGUUAUGAGAGUUAGUGCCGCGGCUGUUGCCCGAAGGAAAGUUAGGACACGUGAAUAGGCGCCCCCUGGAAUUUCGCACAGAGCCACAUGUGAUGCCGGGGAUCCAUAUUCCCGUCUCCAACCGGACACCAUCCUGAUGUUUUGCGUAGGGUCGUUAUAGAGCUUUCAGCUUCUAAUUUUCUCUAAAAAAACAUUGAAUGCCAACUGAAUUUUCGCAUCUCUGAGUCUAAGGUAUACUCCACGCGUUGCGAAAAUCGUCCGAUGCUCCAAACAAAUGGUGAUUUUGUGAGAUCCCAGCAAAUGAAAUGAAGACAACCUGCUUCUUUGUCUUAUCACGAUGCUUUAAAUUUCGAGCGGAAUCUUCUCUUUUUUGCGCACACAUGGUACUAGUUUAACUGACACAUUCGCUUUUUUAGUGUAGUGCACUUCCUGAAACGCGGUCUCGGGGAAAUUCCGGUGUUCAUUUGUCUCUUUUUUUACUUUCGCGGUGGACGAAAAGUGUACAUAUUCAUAAACCACUGCACCAACGUCCCAAUCCCCAACUCAAGUGAAGGCGCCUUUCUCAUAUCUUUUAAUGCAGACUGUGGGCAAGGUGCUACUCACCUACGCAGAGGUGGUGAAAGCUGACUACGAUCACUGGCGUGAGACACAGGAGACUGCAUGCAUCCUGAUGAACAAUAUACAGCAGUGUCGUGUUCAGUUGGAGAGGGUGUACGAGGCCAUGGGUGGGGACAGCCUACAGGAGGACACCAAGGUGGUGAUGCAGGACCUGCAGCAGAUGCUGAACGAUGUCAUCGAUGAAAUGGCCCAGAAGUACUCCGUGGCGCUGGAGCCGCAGAUACUGCGCCAGAUUAAGGAGGUCAACAAGCUGUUGCAUCAGGUUUGUGCGCUUAUUUGCCGUGCUUCUGUGGUCUUAAAAAUCCCAACCCUCCCCCACCUUUGCAGAUGCCGGAGCGUGUGGUUACCCAGCAAUGCAUGGAACGCUGUGCGCGUUGACAUCGUGGUAAAACACAAUAAAUACUUCACUCCGCUUUAGUACUUGGCUCAUUGGCAAAGAUUCGUUGUAUUUUGCCAAUAUGCGCACUCCCCCAUGCAGUUAGCGUGUUCGGUCGACGCGAAAGUGCUUACCUUUGCUUGCGUGACCGAUCUCAUGAAAUUUUGGCCAAAAUUCCGGAAUGCGUUUCCGAUUACGAAGGAUUACUUAAGCGGGGUUGUUAUACUGAUUCUCAUGCAGCAUAACCCUAUAGCAUUUCGGACUGGCCAGGAUGUCGGCUUUUGAAUGCACUUCUCUUUGACUUCCUGCAGAAACCACACUCGGUAAAAAAUGACUACUUAAGUAGCAUGCAUUUUUCCUAUUGAUUUUCGAAGGUCUUAUAAAUUCAAAUAUAUCUUAUAAAGAACAUGCACAAAAUAUGCGUUCUUUUGACUAUUUGGUAGGAGAUCAAAUUGUCUUCAUAUUUUAUGCCGAAGAAAGUGUAUAUUUUGGUUUUUAAAAAGUUUCCCAAUUCCCGAAUAAUUUCCAGCCUGAUCUGCCAUUGCAUCAUCGUUAAGCAAUUUCAGUCUACAAAGUGCAUGCUUUCCGCGUAAGGAAAAUCAUAUAUUUCUCUAUGCCUCUGAGAAGAUACCGCAUAGCGUUCAUGAAAUUUUGCAAUGGAUUUGGACUGUGUUGUUCAUUUCAUGAGGAGCAUUAGUAAACGGACAUGUGCUGUCUUGCAUCCAUGGACAUGGCACGAUCUUGAGAAUCUCAUAAUCAGAAACUUUUCCAUACCCUAAAUGUACACUUUCUUCGGGCGUGAAAUAUGAAGACAAUGUGAGCCCCUACCAAAUAUUCAAAAGAACGCAUAUUUUGUGCAUGUUCUUUAUAAGAUAUAUUUGAAUUUAUAAGACCACCGAAAAUCAAUUGGAAAAAUGCAUGCUAAUUAAGUACCCAUUUUCUACCGAGUGUGGUUUCUGCAGGAAGUCAAAGAGAAGUGCAUUCAAAAGCCGACAUCCUGGCCAGUCCGAAAUGUUAUAGGGUUAUGCUGCAUGAGAAUCAGUAUAACAACCCACUUAAGUAAUCCUUCAUAAUCGGAAACGCAUUCCAGAAUUUAAGCCGACAUUUCAUAAGAUGGGUCACGCACUGUACUAUGGCACAAAGUAGCUGGAAGGCUUUGUAGAUACAUGGGUUUACUUGUUGUCCUGCGUGUGGCACGGUAAGACGGACUCUUUAACCUUGUCGGCCACUGCGGCUGAACCAACCUCCGAUAGACAUGGCAUUGUCUUUUCACCGGAGAUAAGUGGGUAAGAGGAAGGGAGUGGGCCACGACCUUGUCAGUUACAACGGUCGGACUGUUAUUACGUACGGAAUAUAUGCGCCCGCAACUAAACGGACUUAUUCGCGUAUACGAUGACUGAGUUUAAAUGGUCAGUUGCACGUGAUCAUUGUAGUACGCAGAGGAUGUCAGAAAGGCGGCAUAGCAAAAUUGGCACAGAUCUGCGAACAGACUCUACAUCCCAGACUGAUGUUUGCGGGUAAGCCGUUUACCGGCUUUGCGUGAGGGGUCGCCUGACGAAGUAAAAUUCUGUUUGACGCAUCUGACACACAUAAGGUUCGAAUUUUCAGGCACUUUCACCGGGGUUAGAUAGAUACAAGUCAAAGGAUGUCACAGUCCAAACACUGAAUACAGAGGGAAGCUUGAGAUAACCCACUGCCGUAGAAGGAAACGUUUGGCAAUGCAUCAGAUCCCUGACAAUAUAGUUUUAUAGUGUGAAGUUUUUGAACAUCAUCUAUAAUUGGCGGUCUUUAUGAGCGUCCGGUCCGUCCGUUUUUCGUUCUCAUAUUUCUUUUUAUACGAUUGAAGUACGCUUAUUAAAUACGUACAAAUGGAGUUUUAUAAAAUGAUUAUAUGCACGAACUCGUCGUUUUUUAACGUGUUCUUGAGAAGAUUUAUUCUCCCAAGUUUUAUUCAGUCAAGCACUUACUUAGUCACUUUCAGAUACUUGUGUCCCUUUGUCUUGCCUCCUAUCCAGUGCUCCACUAGUGCGAAUGCUAAUGUCGAGGCUGAGGCCGACAAUAUUCUCCGACCGCUCAUGGACCACUUUGAGAGCUCACUUUCUGUCUACGCAGACAUCUGUGAGAAGACGGUGCUUAAACGUAUACUUAAGGUAGGUUUGGCAAUUUUAUACCAGCCAGCAUCCAUAAACCGUCUUGAUUUCCUUGUGCUGUAAUGCCUCAGCACGCAGCGAAAAAGAAGACUGUUGAAUUUUUGUGGAUUUGUUCAUUAGUUGGUUACUGUGUUUUUCUUCUUCCGAAAGGACGCUGAAGAUCAUAAGAUAGACAUGAUGGUUGCAUGGGAACUGCGUUCCAAAAGUAUUGUACCUCAGUUGCGUCCUUCGCUCGUAUCUGCGACUGUCCAUCUGACGAGUCUGAGUAGGAACUCGAAAUGUAGUGCAAAUAGAUUUCGUGUUCCAUUGAUCACAUGGCACUUUUUGAAUGGUCUCUUGAAACAAGCAUGUUGGCAACUUUCAGAAAACUGAAACCCGUUUUCCUCUUAUAAUCAAUCUAGCUUAUUGUGUGUUACAGGCACGGUAAACUUGUUUAAGUCCUUUAAGUAGCUUAGAUAUUUGAUUAUUCAGUAUUUCAUUAUACAGUGUUCGAUUUUCCGCAUAUUUUACUCGAAAUUCCUGCUCAGUUGCGCUUCAAAGUUGGUACCUCUGCAGCAUUCCGAGUGCCUUAAAGUAUGCUAUCCUGUCGCAAUCCAGCAAGUUAAUAUGGAACUCUCGCAAAACAGUAGUGAUUUUAAGAGCAUUUCAUCUACUUUACGGUUGCAGUUAUAAAUUUGUUAAGAGAAUGCCGACCACUGGACGACAUUGUAGGCUCAAUCAAAUGUGUGACGGGAUAGUUUGAAAAAUGAUUCCAUUCGGUGAGGGGGGGGGCUGAGAAAUUAGACAUUGUGUCAGGUCUGACUUACGUUUAUUUCACAAUCAGAAGUCAGAGUGGGGCACUGUAGAAGACUCAUGAACAUCAGGUGACUGCAUGACUUCAAUUAAGUGUGGGCUAACAUUUGUCUGGAAGGUGAUUGAAAAAUGUUCUGUUUGGUCGGGCGCAACACGCUCGAAAGGAGACUUCGGUAUAUGUAGUUGGGCCUGCUAUUUCGGACUGCAUAAUUAGGACUACUCCGUGUCCCCCGCAUUAAAUAUUUUUCUUUUGAUGGGCUUUCGGAUCAAAACGGUGGCUGCCUGAAACGGGAACGUAGGACCAACGCAUUUGGCUCACACGGCCGAAUGAUUUACCUGUAGUAAUCUUUCUAUUAAAGGAUAAAACUCCGUAAUUUCUAUUUUUCGUUUGGUACAGACAAUUUAGCUAGCUUUCCGCUUCUGUGAUGCCAAAAAUCAACUUAUCAAUUAAAAAAUAACUCAACUGCAGUAGUUUUUUUACUUCGAAUACGCAAACGCAAUGUUUCCUACGUUAAGGAAAAUAAUGUUCGAGACGGCUUUCCUGUUGACCCGAAAAAAAAAUAAUUUUAGUUUGCGGCAAUCGCCAGCCCUCAGCAGGUUCAGUAGGAAUAUUUAAAGUACCUGAGUCCUUUGAAAAGGCGUACAAAUUAGGGAGGGAGGUCAGACCGAGUCGAAUGACUUUGCAAAACCGACUAGCAACGGACUGAAGCUACUGUUUGUGACAAACAGGGAGGUAAAGCCCUUGGCGCCGUAAGCCAUGCUUUAAUAAGAUAAACGGCUUGUCCAUGAUUUUGUGCGCCAUUGUUUUGGGCGUUUAAGAUUCGGCCUUAGAUGCCCGGGACUCCGAUCUUUAAAUAACACAAAUUGAUCGAUUAUAAGAAAGACGGCACAGUGUGAUUUCACCAUCCUAGUUUCUACUGUUUUAAAUCUCCAUCGACACUCAUUUUGCGCUAAAUUGUAGGAACUUUGGAAAAUCACCCUACGAACUUUUGAGAAACAAGUGAUACUGCCGAAUGUUUCUGACCCCAGCGCAAUGUUCCUCAGUUUGUCCAUCCCGUCAAACGCACAGGCCAAAUUAACAAGCGUGUCACAGACCCUGCUCAGCAACGUCAGCAGUCAGCUGCCCGCGAGCAAGUUGCUCCAGGUAAGUUCUCCGUCUCAACAGUUUUCUUUCCAGAUCUGCGAUGAAAGAUUUUCGCAGUCGUUUUAACUUUCCCCUAUCUAAUGAAAUCUACCUUUUCUUAUGACUUAGGUAGUGGCGGUUUGAUUAUUUUCAGGAAUGUCUGUGGUCUAACGUGGCUUACCUCCUACCGUGGAUUGGGUCGGAGACGUGACUAUUAUGUUUCGAAAUUAUGAUCACAAUUUCAUCGUGUGCUAUUUCGGUGCGAGGCAAACUAUUGGCUAAACGUACAUAUAAUUUGCAAUUCCAACCUUUUUGACGAUGACUUUGGUUUCAUUCUCGGUGACGAAGGAGUCCGGGUCCGAUCCCCGAGUCUUUCCAGCCUGACGUUAGAUUGGGUAUGACUUACUGUGGAAUAUCAGUAGAGAAUGACCAUUCCAGUUUACCUUGUAAAACUUCUCGGUGAUUGGAUUGUGUCUUGUCAAACCUUAUAACUAUACUUUUUCAGCAUGCAACCGUAGUUAUGACGUAAAUUAAGUUUGGUUAGCCUCUGGUCAUGCAUUACUCGUGGAUGUACCUUGAAGUCCGGAUAAGACGCAAAAUAUCAACCAGUGUUAGGAGUGAGCCAUAAGUCGUAGUUAAGCUUAAGCGACAGUUUCAUUAGUGAACGUGUUUUUCCCGUUUCCGGCUGUUGCCCAGGCCCCCUUUUUCGAAAUCAACAAAUGUAGUAAUGCUUAAAAGAAUUGGGAGUUUUAAUAUUUGCAGGUUGACAAAUUUAAUUGAAUUUUUAUUAUCAUGAUCACAAGUCACGAACAUAUUUCUUAUCCGAAAACAAUCCCCAUGUAAGUGCAUGGUGCUGAAUACUUUUAAGCUUUUAUUUAAAAGCCAAAAUGGACCGGUACGUAAUCACAAUUUGCUUGACAAAACUACGAUAAUCACCAAAGGAAAAAUCAACUUUACCUUUUUCGGUAUUUUACCAGUUUUUCCCCGGUGAUGGUAAUUUUGUUAUCGAAUAAAUUAUGAACGAGUGCUUGGUCCAUUUCUGCUUUUGCCACGCAUUUUCACAUGAGCUAUGUUUGAAUGUAAGAAAACGUUCGUAAAUUGUGAUUAGGAUUAUACAAAGCGGGUACAGUUUUUCAACCGACAAAUACCAAAUGCAUCAGUGGCUAAACGUUCCUGAUUCCAUAUAACUGCCUCUUUGUAGGUCCUUCUUCUUGUGCAAUAUUUAACUAGAAAUACUACGAGUUAAGUAAUCGUCUGUUUGACGGCAGCAUUCUCUGUAAGGCAUCUGAUCCCAUGUAUUCGUGCUGUGUACCGAUAGCAACCGAGAGCACUUAUUGGCUUAGAUUUGCUCACUUUUAGAGGUGUCGGAAGAAAACACAGGCGGCCAGUAAAAAACGAUGCCAGUGUGAUGUGUCCGCCUACAUUUCUACGUUCGGCUCUUGGUUGCAACUACUAAGACCUAGGAAGACAGUAUCGGCAGAUAGCAUUAUUCCGCACUACUUUCUUUCCAUGCUUCUUUCAUUGAAAUGCUGAUAAUGCUGCCUAUAGGAGUACCUCUUCCGUUACCAAUGUCAGCCACCACUUUUUCAAGAGCAAAGUGUUAUUCGUUAACCGGUUUCUGACGGCAAACUACAAGUCUAUAACCCCACAGACCUGUUGCUCUAUGCACGAACCCUAAUAUGGUCUCAAAAAUUAUGUCUAAUUCGCCGUCAGAGAGGGUAGCUCUUGAAGACACUUUAGGAAGGAAGCAUCGAAGCCUGACUCCCUUUCUUGAGACCAAAUAAUUAAAUCUAUCAGUUGGCUGACUUCAAAGCCGCGAUUUGUAUCGUGUCGUCAGGAGUUAGGAAUGCGUCUAAGUUUUUUUGCGUUUUAAGUAGUAAGCUUAGGGCAGCGCAUAGGCGUGCUGAAUACUGAAUGGCAUGGUUGGGCGCCCAAACCGUCUGCUACCAAUAGUUUCCAAAAAUAUCGUUAAAGCAACAAAUAUUUGCCUGUACGUUAAUACCGACAAAGACAAGGGAGACUGGAAUGGCUAUUUCUAGCUUAUUAGCCGUCGUUUGGAACACCUGGGGCUCGAACUCGCGACCUGUUAUUUAGAAGUUCAACUCCUCUAACCACUGGGCCACUGGCCCGUUGUCCUGUCGGUUUCGAUCGGGAAUAUAUAAUUGGUCGGGGAUUCGUAAGUUGUCGAGCUAUCUACCUACCAACCAUUGCAGUGCAGCUGUGUUCCACCAGACGAAAACGUCUCCUUUUCUGGUCACUUCGUUAAGUGGCAAUCCUAUUUUCGAAAUGCCUGAUGUUUGAUUAGAUCUGCUGAUAGAAGAUUCAAUCAACUCAUCGAUAUACUUGUCUGUUAUCACAAGGCUACCAGCUUGUCGUCUGUUAAGGUGGUUUAUGUCGAGUACAGGUGGCUUAGAAAUUUCGCUAUCAAUUCCCAGCCGGUAGAUAGGGUAAAGACUUACAAGUUGAAGAGGAAACAAGCUUAGGAACCGUCCCAUCUCCUCUAAUUUAGUGCGAGACCACAGGUAGUACUAGGGAGGGAGGAGGGCAUAUUCCCUUCUCCGACCUGAUUUGCCCGCGUCACUGUGCCUACUGCCCUAUGGAUGAUGCAGUGGUGGAACAGUCUCGAGUCGUGCACCGGCUCAGCGUUGCUUUAUUGAGUUCGUGUGUGUUUGUGACCUGUUUAUAAAAGAACCAGUUGUUCUGUUGCGAAACAAUAUCCUUUACCUUAAUAUAUGUGAAUCGUCAAUAUACUCACUUCGAUACCGCAUCGAUUCUACAGCGUCCGUGCGCUAAAAAUAUACGCGUCUGCGUAGCAGGUCUCGAAAUGUAGUUCAUACCUUUGGUAUCUUUUCUCAAAUACGCAUAAUACCAUCACCUGUAAUCUUUUUUCGCCCUAAUAGGAAAUCUCCAAAGAAACUGGUGCGUCUGGACUAAAAAAUCUGACACCGUGGCACUGCCAGAUACUUAACAUCGCCUUAGAUGCCAUUAAAAACUAUUUCCACGCUGGUGGAAGUGGACUAAAGAAUACCUACUUGGAGAGAUCGUCCGAGCUGCAGUCGCUGCAGUAUGCGCUGUCCCUAUAUUCCCAAACUACUGACAGUCUUAUCAAGACCUUUGUCUCCACGCAGUCGACUCAAGGUUAGUGUGGUUUGUUUUUUUACUCUGAAAUAACUGAAUUCAUAAAAAUAAUAGAAUACUGAUAACUAGGCUGCUUUCCGCGUCCUUUUCUAACUUAUUUUUUCCUGUGUGAGUACUGCGCAUUGGCCAUCGUCUAAGAAGCUUUGUGCGGAAGGCGAGGGGUAUGGAUUUUAACGUCUUGUUGCUAAGUUUGGUUAACAUUGGUAUAUUGCUGUGCCACAACUGCAUAGCCAAGUUGACAGUUUUCCGUCCGUGUGGUCUCGCUCCCUUUCCGCUUAGAAAGUACAUGUUUUUAGUGACCACCGACGUUGCAGCGCACGGGUCCUGCAUACCGGUUUGCCCACAAAAAUAUGUUUUUUAUAAUGCGCCUAUGGGAUCAUGCACUUGAUGAGAAAGAGCAUAGGAUGUUUUAUAGAUACUUGCAUAAAUUAGCAUACCUGGGAAGUCAUCCAAGCCGUGGGCCCUCCGUAGGCUACCUUAUUAAAAUAAGUAACUCAAGGGAAUUAUAAGGGAAUUGGGUGAAACACCGGCUGCGCGCAUUAAGUAGGACUACGAAGAUCAUGUUGGCGUGCCCCUGGGAUAAUAAUAUUCAGUCCUGCAACUGGAAAUGUAAGGGAACUCUCCGACGAGUAUGCUGCGUCUGUAUUUUUCGAACUUUUAACUCUCCACUCUAGUGGUAAUCUAGGUAAACCUCCAGCAUGUUUUUAGUAUUGUUGGGAAUCUAACUCUGUGAAACUUGAGACUAGUUUUUUUCUAACUGGACGAGUAACUGUUUCCUCGCGACGGCCGAAGAGAAAAAGUUGAAAGUCAGUUGGGUCUUUGAUGCAUGCGAAAAAUAAGAGGGCGUCGACAGGGAAGACAGACUUCUUUCCGCAUUAAUGUGAUUCAGCACUCCUAUUUCUGCAAUACACAAGCUUUGAACAUUUAUUAAUCCGCAAAAUUUUCUAAUCGAAAUUGCCGUGUUAGACUGAAGUCAGUAGCCUUGCGCAAAUAAAAUAUUUCAGUCAGCUGCAUUUAAAGACCAAACAGUGCGCAGAUAAAAUCAUUGCAAUGAAAAUACUUUCUACGUGUUAUCACUUAUCCUUGUCAAACAAAGGAUUGCUUUUUACUGUCUGACUGCCUGUCGCAUGCGUGUUUGUUUUUAGUGUUUACACACUUUUUCGUUCCCGAAGCGUUAGUGCUUUUGAAGACGUCGCCUCUUACCCUUCAAUAUGCUGAAUCAAAUAGAAGGGUGGUAACAAUUACAUUGGCACCUACUCAGCAGUAUCACACAGCAAGUUUGAUUGUAUUCGCCCGUUAUAAAAGUUAUGAAUUCGGAGGUUCCGUGCGCAGUUUUGCUCCUAAAACUAAGCUGUAUUGGAUAAUUUUUAAAUGGACUUCUAGUAGGGACCUGAGGCGGUAUCGCAACUCAGUAUGCCCCACUUUUUUAUUAUACGACAUACUGCCUUUGAAUGUUCAUGCGGGCAAUACCAAGAGGAGCUCGUGCAAGCUGCGACCCUAAGGGCACAUGUCCAGUCGUUUCUGUAGGUUUUAUCUUUUUUUAUAUCUUUCUCAUUUUCGUCGUAGACAAACCGGCUGUGGAGGACGGUGUUGGAGAAUUGUCCAUCCAAGUUGAUCUCUUUCGUCAUCCGUCACACGGUGAACACAAAGUUACAGUUACAAGUAGGUUUUCUUUGGUCUUUUACUUUUUAUGAUAGAGUUGAGUAGUAAUUUCACGAGGCAGGUAGGACAACCGUUUUCCCAUGUCGGUUAUUUGCUGUCUCCAUAAUUCAUACUUAUUAUUGUUGAAAAUUACGAACUGAUGUCUUUCGAUUUUCUGCUUUAUGUAUUUUGUCUCACGUGCUGACUUUCUAUAAUUUUUCUAAGCUGCCAUAACCCGCAAAGAACGUUUCAGGACCUCCAAAACAGAAGUUCAUUUGCCACAUUAUUUCUGUCUCUGCACUUUAUAAUUAUGCGGUUUACAGUCCUUUUACUCUUGAGUGUUAUUUUUCUCUAGAUAUGGUAAUUUAGUCACUCCAGCUGUUUGUUGCUGCACUAGCUGCUUGUGUAAAUAUUAUUUCCUAAAACAACCCCUGCUGUAAGCGUCGGUAAUCUAAUGGUUUAAACUCCUAUGCGUCGAUUUUCAUCGCAAAUUCCAGGGCACAGUAUUAGACUUGCGCCGAAACCACCUCCCCCAUAUUCUUAUGCACACUGCGUCGAGAAGUCAAGGCAGCUAUGGAUAGAUAAAGGUGCAGUAUAGCAAGACUUAACCGUCCCUCUAUGCAUACUAUACUCGUCCAGGUCUCCGAUCUCUUCAAGUUCUAGGCUUCAAAUAAAGAAGACUGAGAUCUUGCCUAAGAAGGAGUGCCACAAACGCUCAUCUAAGACGGUAUUGCUUCCUGAUACCAGUCCUGGGAGAUCCGAAUUGUCACAUCGGUCGACAACCUACCAAGCUGCGAACGUUAGUGCACUGUGUUGAUUCGAGAGGUCAUUUUUCUUUAGGAUAAGGUGAUACCAUACUAACAGCACGGGCACUAGCCAAAAGCCCAUACACGCGUGUUUCACCUUACACUAAAGUAUACUACUAGUUGUCUGUCGACAGUUAAUGAAUAUUACGUGAUUACACGCUGUGGCUGAUGGACUUUGGAUCAGAUAUUCAUACAUAAAAUGUUCGGUCUGAGCCUAUAGACCUUGAAUAAGCUGAUCUACACCAACUUCGUAGAUAAGUUCUGAGGAAAUAAAAAAACUACAGAAUCAUUUGUGUCUGCACAUUGACGACGCUAAAAACCUGGGACUUCUGCUCCCUUCUUCCCUCUCUCAUAUGCCAGUUGUUUAUUUAACUCAUACCGAUUGCUAACAAGUUUGGACUCAAUUGUUGACAUUACAUAAGGCUGUCGUCCAGUUAGCUCCAGACACAGACUUAGGUCUCGCAUGGAUGAGAGGUGCCGAAACAGCCAGACUUAGAAAAGGUCAUUGUAGUCCUACCUUAGUUUGUACAGAAGGAUUGAGAUAUCAAAUCGGCAUUCAGCCUUUACAUCUAAGAAUUUUGCAGUUUAGUGAUAGUCGUACAUACAGUGAGUGACCGAUCUCAUGAAAUGUUGGAUUACUUGGAGGAUUACUUGGUCGCGGUUGUAAUACUGCUUUCUCACGAUAUCAUCCUGCAAUAUUUCGAACUUUGCAGGCUGUCAGCUUUUGAAUAAACUGCUUGUUCAUUAGCUUUAGAAACCGUACGCGCAAAAGAUGACUUCUGAUGUAACAUGCUUUUUCUCCAUUGAUUUUUGCUGGUCUUGCAAAUUCAAAUGUGUUUUAUAGAAACCCCGAACAAAAAUAUUCUUUCUGCAGUAGCUCGAUAGAGAAUCAUGUCAUCUUUAUAUUUUAUGCUUGAAAAAGGAGUACAAUUAUGUUUUAAAAAAGUUUAUAUUUAUGAGAUUUUUUAAGACCGCGCAAUGUCCAUUCACAUUGCACCGUACCUGUAUGUUUACCACUGCUCCUCGUGAAAUGUACAGCACGGUCCGCAUUCAUUACAAAAUCGUAUGGACCCCGCAUGAUAUCUUUUAAAUGGCAUAGAAAAAUAUGUGGUUUUCUUUACGCGGAACACGUGCACCUUGUAGACUUAAAUCACUAAGGGCUUAUGUAACGAAUGACCAGGCUCCAAAUUAAUCGGCAAUUAGAAAACGUUUUUACAACCUAAUUAAACUCCUUCCAUGAGUAGAAAGUAUAAAGAUGACAUGAUUAUCUAUCUAACGACUGAAGAAGGAAUAUUUUUGUUCGGGGUUUCUAUAAACCAUAUUUGAAUUUGCAAGACUAGCAAAAAUCAAUGGGAAAAAUGCAUGCUACAUCAGUAGUCAUCUUUUGCCGCGUACGAUUUCUAAAGCUAAUUGACAAGCAAUUUAUUCAAAAGCUGACAGCCUACAGAGUCCGAAAUAUUGCAGUAUUAUGUCGAUAGAAAAGCAGCAUUACAACCGCGACCAAGUAAUCCUUCCUAGUCAAAAACGCAUUUCAGAAUUUCAGCCAACAUUUCAUGAGAUCGGUCACUCACUGUACGUCAUCUAGAAAUGCUCUGAGCAGCUACUGGAAAAGAUAUCUUAGUGUCAAGCUUACUCGCUCUUUCCUCUCCCAUCCAGCAGUGGUCUGUCCGGACUUGGCGGUUGACUGGGGGAGAUUAGUGUCAACGAGUGACUUUGUGUAAGCUUUCACCUGUUCCCUGACAAAGUCAUGUAUGGGCGCGGGAAAGCUCAGCCAUCACCAGCAACAAAGUCAGUAGCUGUCAAAGAAAAGGCCCAUUGACGAUUCGAGAAUGACGUUGUAUAGUAAAGUAGACCUACAGUAUCUACUCCACUGCCUAAUCGCACAAAAAACCGUGUUCCUGUGACUGGACAACGUCCGGACAACCGGGCUCAGUGACUAGUGUUAGAUUUGCCUCCGCCUACCACACGUCACAUCUCUUUGCGGCAAUAAUCGAAGAUUCCCGCAGACUCAGCACAGCUUGACUAACGCAUGCUGGGAGCCAGUUGUGUCAUCACCUUUUGGGUACCGUAACAGUGGUGUAGUUUGAUUAUACGUGAUGCGCAACCGUCUUGGGGGUCAGCGAAGAAUUUCAUCCUUUUUUUCCUUUUCUACCAGAGUGAGUUUGCCAUGGUCUGCUUUUUGUUUACCAACUUUGAAGUAGCACUGAAUGUGCUUGCCUUCUAUUUUCCUAUCCUGUCUUUCCAACAGUUAUGGCAGCCAACAACCUCAAAUGGGUCACCAACGGAACCUUUCGUCCAUUUGUUGAAGUUCACAUUAUUGGCCCGCUGUUGGCUCACAAGAAACGCAAAUUUGCAACAAAGACUAAAUCUAACGUUUGGUCUCCGAUCUUCAAUGAGUCUUGCACCUUGUAAGUUCUAAGUCGUUCUUUUGAGUUUUCUCCCAUCUUAUUGGUAAACUUUCUGCUUGAACUUGGGGGUCUAAUCUCUGCAAAUGUAGUCGUUAUCAGCCAGCUUCCUUCGGCAAGUUACAUCCCAAAGUCCGGCUAACUUUAGGAUUGCAGCGACAUUGAUGAUGACUGCGACUAGGUCUUGCAAGGGUCUGCACAUGUCAACAAACAAAUGUGUGUUCUGUCAAGUUUUCAGUACUGCAUAUGAAAGUGUAUUUUAGUGCACAGAUUGGGCGGAAAAUUCAUAUAUAAGACGGCGAAUUGAUCGAAACGAUUUCCGCGCUCCCAAUUGAAGAAAAACCAUGCGGUAUUUCGAACAGCAUUAUCGUAUUAAUUAAGUCUAAGGCAUUAUGAAACUUUAACAAUACGCAAGUAUUUAUCCAGGGGCGCCUCCUGUUGAUAAUCGAACCUGCCCACAUUUUUGUUUGGGCUUCAAACACUGUACAUUCGUGGGCCCUUUUUCAUGACAGUAAAAACAAUGUAAAUGAUAGCGAGUAAAUACUAUUUAAAAAACGGUCUGUGCAUAGAUCUCAAGGUGAUUUUACAAGAUAGUGAAUGCGAACGGAAGGUGAGUGUUGAGGUUGGCUGGGCUUCAGCCGCCCCAACUGUUGUCUACCUCCCAGCCCAAGACAUCACUUGUGAAUGCAAGUUGAAGGUAUAACCAUUUUCAAGGCUGUAGACAUCUGAGGCUGGUCUGAGCUGGUAGACUAUCCCUACCUUCCCCGCGCAGGACGCAGUUGGUCGAAAGCAAUACUUAAACUCUUGCUGCCGGCAAGGUCCAUGAAACGGCCUGGUCAGGGUGUCCUCUCAGGAGCUCACUCGUCGCGUCCCCUUGAAAGGGGAUUUUGAGGAAUAGAGUUUUCUACAGGAGUUUGUUAUUUCACAAACUCUUGCCAAAUACUCAUGCACUCCGAUACGAACACAUGUUUUAACUGCUUUGUAUGGGACCGUAGUUGUUAGGCUCAUAAUUUUUAAAAGGACUGGUCUUGUAGUAUUUGUGAGCGUCAGUUUUCGUCUUUCUUGUUCUCCCCCUUCUUGUGUUCUAUUUGUGUGUUUAAUGUAUUUUUUCUUAGUCUUUUUUUCUGAUGAUUCUGCAUCUUAAUUGCGUGGCCUUAUGACAUGGGUGAGGCCAUUCUUUUGGUACAUCAAAUAUUAACGGAAGUAAAAUGGCAAACAAGACAGUAUUUGGUGGCGCCAUCGUGCUUGUGGACCUGAUACAUCGCAAACGGCGUUUAGUUAUGCCUGAUUAACGUUGCAUGCUGUUUAUCGUCUAUCACGUUCCAUUAAUUUUAGACUAUUUCAUUUAAUCCGAUCCUAAUCUGUCGGUUACUGGAUAUUCUUGAAUGUCUAAUCGUCCUAUUCGGUGUCCCCAGUAUUACACCAUAUGUCUUCUAAACUGGUGACGGAAAAAUCAGUUGAUAUAUAAAUAUGCAAAUGUCGUCUGCAGUUGAAUAAGACAUUCUAUGCUGUAAGGGACAAUUAUUUACUGCUUACAUUGCAAUGUUUACAGUAUCUGAAUUUAUGUUAGAAAAACCGAAACCAUACUAUAGUUGCGAAAGUUCUCUAUGAGAAAAUAUCUUGGUCGCUGCCUUUUACGACUUCACAAGCACGUUCCCUUUUGAUACGACUAGGAGCAUCUUUUUAGGAAAUUGCUCUCCUGUUGUCCUACAUUCCAUCAAUACAAACUUUGGGUGAGUAUCGCCUAGGUCCUAAAGGAGUACUUGCCAGAUUCCUGGAUUCCGCUUACAUAUCAGAAACGUUUCCUGAAUUCAGGAACAAGAUCAACUCUGGCACCCGUUUCUCGUUGCGUGCCGUUGUUUGAGCGUCAAUUGCCCUAGAUCCACCUAAAUCGAUACCAUUUCGAAUGUAAAUCGAGUGGACGUGCAGACUUUUUGUUUGUUGCCAAGGUGGGGGAGUCACACGACCAUGUUGUCCCACCGUUCAGAAAGUAUACGGCUAAGUAUCUGUCUCGUAAAUAAAUUCGGUCUUCGAUGACAAAUUGAGGGUUACGUCCAGCGCAAAAAUUAAAGUUGUGGCCUUUCGCUCAUUCUAAAGACGACGCUUCCGGUCCACACUUUGCCGCUAACUUCACAUCUUGGCAUUGCUGCGGAGACUGACACUUCCUGUGAGCACCAAUACUGAAUGAAUCCAACGUCAAAGGGGUGUUCCCUAAGGAUAGAACAUGCUCCUCUUCCGCAUUUUUCAGCAGAGGGUAUUGCAUAGCUCUAAGCAGUCCAAAAGCAAUAGACUCUCGAAAACUGGGUAAAAAUAACUUAGACCCUUUACCGCCGAACCUAUCAAUUUUUCAGUUCAGCGUAGUUUGUUAUUUUACUGCAAGUAUUAUUUUGCAAGACCGCAAUGCCGCCUGUCCACUCUACCCAUUUUGCUCAUAAAACCUUGGGUCAUUUUGGAACCAGUAAAUGGCAAAACUAUGAGCCCAUCAUUUGGCUGGAGCAUCGUUUUAUUUGAUGAGCCAGAUCAGCUGACGUGCGCAUUAAAUCAAAGAGGAACGAUCACAUUAUCCAAACGUGAAAAUGACCGUUAUGUCAAGCUGGUCUCUUUAUUUUGCAUAAAUGUUGCACUAAGUGCUUUGCAUCGCACUGGUAUUAACAGCUUUUCGGACAAUUCUGGUCAGGCAGGAUAUGCAAAUUAUCCAAUGAAAAAAUUUCCGAUGUGAUUUGUGCAUGCGCAAUGUCCAUGUACUUGCCAAAAUGGUGUAGCAUUUAAACAGGAAAACAUUUAUAGGCAAAAAGCCUUUUCGGCUAAGGGAAUUCAUUUAGAAAAGUUAAAAUAAUUUAUAGUAAUAUCGGCGUAAAUUUUGACAUGUUUAUGACCUUGUGGAUUGUGAUCUUGUGGAUUUAUCCUAAAGCACGCAAAAAAGCGGACAACGGGGAAAGUAAAGUACUCAUACAUUUUGGAAAUCACCAGAGCAUGCGAAGGUCGUGUGAAGAUAGUUUUACAUGCCUAAUCAGAUGUUCCCCGUAGAAAAGGUGCCAGCCUGACCACCAGAAAUAUUCCGCUGAGACGCAGUAUUGCCUUUGAUAAGACAAAAAGACUGGAGGUUGAGGAGGCGAGAUUAGUAAUAACAUAUGAAUAUAACUGUUCCGAUAGCCCGCGGUACUUCAACGAAAGACUUGGGGACAAGGGGAUGGCAAAGGUUCAUACAACUGGGCGAUAUUAAACUUUUUACGCUAGUCCCAGUCUCUAAUAGCGGCAGACUGGUGGUAGUAAUGCAUGUAUAUUCAGACAUUAAGCAAUUACUGUAGAGACUGACAUCAACCGUGUAAAUCUCUAGGUCAUAGGCGGCCGCCAUUCAACAUGCCAGGGCUUCUGGGAUUGAGGACCAUGUUGUGCUGUUCUACGUAGGUAGAGUAUGUUCAGCAGUCGACAAGCCGAUAGGCAUUUCUAUUUAAGAGUUGCAAUUACACACUUUUGGAUGACGUCCCCACUGAACUACAGGUAAGAGGGGAGCAAGAAAUGCACAAGUACGCGCACGGUAACCUCCCUUUGGUGCGUCAGAAUUUGAACGGACAGAUAGAACUGCAUCAUCUGAAUGAUUUGCUCUGUUUUCACCACAAAUUGCCAGACGUCAGACUUACUAGACAAGACUGUUCUUCAGGCAGCGGCGCCAACUACUUUCAGAUUCAUUGGCGGAAACGGAACCAGCAGGAAUGCGAAUCAAUUUUGUUUGUUUUUAUAUGAUAGUUAUACUGGCAUUGUGCGGACCGUCAAUCAGCAUAGAUUAGUUGACAGACAUAGCGGACUGAGAUACUAAGGUCAGCGAAAAUAUACAAUACGUAUACUAGAGAGACAAUGGGGAAAUUGGAUAGAGUCAUCGAAAAACAGGUAUUGCAGUCGUUUCUCAAAUAUUUCCGUCGAUACGUCACGGGCACAUUUGGCAUCCAUACCAGGUCAGUUGGCGGAGGGGAAAAUAAGAUAAAGUGCCUUUUUAGGUCUAUAUCAUCACCUGCAUAUUCCAAGGUGUAAGUUCGGCCUGACGAAUUCUUCUUUUACGGAAACGCGAUUUAAGAAAGGCCUGAUAAAUUCGACUUAGGCAGCUUAAUCAAUUAAGGUUUGGAGGGAGCGUGCAUAUCUAUAAGGUGCUUGAUUAUUGACUUGUCUGCCCUUUAAUUUUUGGUAUGAGCAUGUUUUAUAGUCUUGGGGAAACCUAAGCCACAAAUAAACUUUUCUAUUUUCUAAUGGUAGUCCCACUGAUCACUGCCGCUCGAUAUUUAUUGUAAUGAGGGCGAUUUCGCUGUAGUUUUCUCUCAUGCUCUUGACAUACCUAUCUUGGUUCAUUGGAACAGUUAUAUUUAGACACAUAAAGACGACUAUGGGGACUUUUGCUGACUAGGUGUUUGCAGCUGGUCUUUCUCCGAAGACUUGGUAGGUAACAGACUGUUGAUAUGCUUUUUGGGUCCUGUGGUCCAGAACCACCCGUGUUUGGAACUAUACCGUAAUAGGAGCCAGUUUCUGAAGCAUUAUGGAUCUGUGGAUUGUGCUACGAAGUAACUCCAUACAAAAGACUGUGGAGGGAUGCAUUAGCUCAGGCUGCAAAUACAUCGUUAUCAGUAGCACUGCCUUUAUCAUGGCUUGUUUGCACGUAUUGAAUCGCGCUCGGUAAUGCCGAGAACCUUAUGUUCUGUCGUCUUGUGCCCUCUAGAAAUCUAUCUGGAAGAACGCUGGCCUUAUUUCAUAAGAUAAAACUCAGGGACGGCUGAUAAAUUUAUUUGGCAAUUUUUUUGUAUCUCAGAUUGGCAAAAUUUAGGAGAUCCAGUGUGGUUUUCGUUUUUCUCAAAUUUUGGUGACUCAUGUUCGAGUCCCAGCCCUGUAGAAGGGCAAAGUCUUCCCGGUCUACAGCCAUGUUGUAUUGAACUGAUUGGGCAGGUGUGGAAAGCGGCGCAUGCUCUCAGUGGGGGUUCUAGCUGCCCCGUGAGUCCUCUCCCCGCCGUGCCGAAAUCUCAGUGGUUGAACCCUUCCCCCACGCGUGUUGGACGGUGCCAGACGGUGCGCGACCCUGGCGAAGGCGGUGGUAGCAAAGACUUACGGCUAUCGCCGCCUUCGCCAGAGUAGCACACCGUCUGGCACUGUCCAACACGCUUGGGGGAGGGAUCAACCACUGAAAUUUCGACUCGCUAAGUGUCCGACCCACCUAUUCACUGCCACUUGCAACACCGACUGGCCAGCCGCUGCACUUUAUUAACCCCAUAAAAGUAGACGUUUAACUAUGCAAAAAUGCAUUAACUAAAUAAGCAGUCCUGUGCGAAUACAGUAGUCUCUCCCUACGUUGCGCUUCGAUUUUUUUGACGUCACUCUAUUUGGUUCGCGGAUUGCUGAGGGCAGUGGGCUUUUUAUUUGCGUUACAUGCUUCCUAAUCUGGAUUGCCUAGUUAAUUUCACAGACGUGACGUUGAUGGCGGAUGGCUGUAAAGCUGCUCAAAUGAGCACCGCCAAGUAUUUUAAUUUCAGCGAGUUCCACCCAAUAUCUUAAAGAGUAAAAAGAUAAAAAUUGUAGAACUGCGUGGGAAAAUAUUUGUAAGAAUGUAGUAAGUGUUGUUCGAGUAAACUACCAGUCCUGUGCACACAGAAGAACUUCAUACAGGUCCCACAGUUGCUAUGACUCAAAGCCACCAUGUCAACCACCCGCAUGUAAUUACCUUCGCCGGGACCCACCUUCUCCCUGGCGCUGAUUGGAAUUGUGGUGUUUCACUAUCCCCCUCCCCUCUCCAAACCCGAGCUACAGCUUAAUUAUCUACUUGCCCGUAUCUUUUAAUUCACUUCUUCAAUAGUCAUAUAAAUGUACACGCCUGAAGAGAAUUUAUCGAAAGCAGACGUAUGCUCGCCAAAUUGCCUUUCGAAUAUAGUAGGUUUUUAAAUCGCAGAGUUCCACUGCUAGCGGGGGUUUUUGGAACUCGACCCCCGCGAGUGAGCAGGGAUCACUGUAUGCCAAAGUCUUCCCUCUUCUCCCGCGUCUUUCCUUCAUGCACUCAAUUUUUUGAUUUUAGCGGCCACGCACGAAUGGCCUAGGGAUAACUUUAUGUAAACUGGUACAUCCAUAUGUGGAAAUUAUCAAAAGGCGCGUUAUAUGAAAUUCUAAGCAGAAUAAUCAGUCUCUCGGUAAUUUACCGUUGAGUAAGUCUUAAUGCCGAACUCCUACCUAUUGUUGGCCCGGCAUUUAUGAGAUUUAUCUCCGAUUGCUUUUUACAGCCUUCUUGGAGCGGGUUCCGAUCCCGAGUCCUAUGAACUACACAUGUGCGCCAAAGACUACUGUUUUGGCCGCUCUGAUCGUCUUGUGGGUCUCACCGUGCUGCAACUGCGGGACCUAACGGCGAGUGCAGAUACGCUGGGCAUCGGAAGCGGUGCCUGCGCUUGCUGGUGUGCCCUCGGUCGUCGGCUCAAUCUCGACGACACAGGCUGGACCAUCCUGCGCAUUCUCUCCCAGCGUCCCCAGGACGAAGUUGCCAGAGAGUUUGUGCGACUUAAGUCCGAGGUUCGUAGUCAAGAUGAUUCACCUCCCACGGGGCCGCGGUAG